AUGAAAGCUCUGGAGUGGACAGAUGUGUCCCACCGCACCUUCUGUGGGACAAUUAGCAGCCUUUCAUGGACUGCUGGCUACAUGCUGCUGGCUCUGCUGGCCUAUCUCAUCAGAGACUGGAGAUGGCUUCUCCUUGCAGUAACCUCCCCUUGUCUGCUGGCUAUCGCCACAUGGUGGUGAGUGUAUAAAUCUGUCAAGAGGUAACUAGUUCAAUGCCAGACUUUUAUCUCCACCAAAGCACUACUACAUGUAACUGAUUCAAAGUGAGAGGAGGGACAGACGCACUCCAAGCUCAAACAGACAGACAGACAGACACAGAGCUCAAACAGACAGAGAGAAAAUGACACAGUCCCUCUUGUAACUGGUGAAGGGUGCUUGCUAAAUUACCCCUCACCCUGAGUAUAUAGAAGCUCCAUCUGAGCCUGCAGGUGCCAACCACCAUCCAGGAGGGCCUCAGCCCUGAGAGCAUCAAGGACUGAGUCAAUGUCCAUGCCCUGACCAUCCAAAGCACUGGAAACAGCAAAUAAUAGGAAUGACAAGCAGGAAGCUGUUACCAAGCCGUUAUUCUAAGAUGGCUGUAGUAAAAAGGCCAAAUGCCCGCCUAUAUAUAUAUAUAUAUAUUCCCCUCUUUUACCUCUCCUCCCAUAAUACACCUACACUUCCCCACACAUGUCUCUUAUCUGGCUAGCUUUCAGUCUGCCUCCUCAGGAUCUAGAAUGGGGUACAUUGACGUUGUGGCAGGCUUAUGCAAUGUAUGAUCAUAUAAUGUAACUAAACUCCCAUUAUUUUUGCCUAGAUUAGGUGUUUUUUUUAUAAAAACAACUAAUACAAUUUGUGAAACUGGUGUUUGGUGACUGAGUGAAUGCGCUGAAUCUUAAGAUGCAGAAGGCAGACAGACACAAGGUACAAACAGACAUGGGGCAGACUGACAGACAGACACAAUGGACAGAGAUACCAGUGGCCUUUGCAGUAAUAAGUGUUUUUUUUAACUAAUACAGGUGGGUCCCUGAGUCGGCUCGCUGGCUGCUCACUAAGCAGGACUUCGUGUCUGCUCACAGAUACCUGUCCACGUGUGCAAAAAUGAAUGGAAAACAAGAUUUUCAGCUUAAGAUCUCUCCUGAGGUUUGAACAUAAUGGAAUGUUGGGAAUUCUGGCAGUGUGGGUGCAGUUAUAGUCUGACUUAUGUAGAAUGCAUUCAGAGAGAAUAAAGAAUGUACUCAAUGCAAGCAUGAGAGAGAGGGGGGUGUAUUCAGAGAGAGCAGGGGGUGUAUUCAGAAAGAGCAGAGACUGUAUUAGGAGAGAGCAGGGGGUUUAUUAAGAGAGAGCAGGGUGUGUUUUCAGAGAGAGCAGGGAGUAUAUUAAGAGAGAGCAGGGGGUGUAUUCUGAGAGAGCAGGGAGUAUAUUAAGAGAGAGCAGGGGGUGUAUUCUGAGAGAGCAGGGAGUAUAUUAAGAGAGAGCAGGGGGUGUAUUCUGAGAGAGCAGGGAGUAUAUUAAGAGAGGGCAGGGAGUAUAUUAAGAGAGAGCAGGGGGUGUAUUAGGAGAGGGCAGGGGGUGUAUUAGGAGAGAGCAGGGGGUGUAUUAGGAGAGAGCAGGGGGUGUAUUAAGAGUGAGCAGGGGGUUAUUCAGAGUGAUAAAAAAUAAGAAAUGAUCCCAAUGCACACCACGGUUUUGCACAUAAAAAGAGUAUUUAUUCAUGCAUCGAAAAUACAACAAGAUAUCACUAUAGCAGAGAGAAAGUGCAUAGUAUAGUGCUAAACCAGUAAAUAGUACCAAAACCACAAUGUAAGUAAAGUGCUCUGGGUCACCCAGAGGAAGGCUUCACAGCCCAAACGUUGGGGUUUCAUUUCUCCAGCUCUUGGUCAGUAUACCUUUUUUAAUGGGUUUUUGCAUUAAGCACUUUACUUAGUGAGCAGGGAGUAAUUUGGAGUGAGCAGAAGGUUAUUUGGAGUGAACAGGAAGUAAUUCGGAGUGAUAUGGGGGGGUUAUUAGGAGUGAGCAGGGAGUAAUUCGGAGUGAUCAGGGGGUUAUUAGGAGUGAGCAGGGAGUAAUUCGGAGUGAUCAGGGGGUUAUUUGGAGGGAGCAGUGUUUGAAAUUAGCAGGGAGAGUAUUGGUAGCGAGCAGUGAAUGUAUUCGAAGUGAGCAAGAUUUAUUUGUAGGAGCAAAGUAAAGUUGACUUUUAAAUGAAAUCCUUGAAAGGUUUGAGAGCUCAAUCUGGUUUCCAGGUCCUGCAGAAGAUAGUGACUGUGGAGUGCCGAAAAUACAACUUCUGGGACUUGGUGAAGACGCACCAGCUGAGAAAGAACACGCUGUGUCUUGGCAUCAUGUGGUAUAAUUCAUCCAAUGGCAUGGCCUAGCACACGAUAGUCCCAAAAUUGUAUGCUUGCAUAUUACAUGAGCAACCUCUCUCACUCACUGUCAUUCACUCAUUAUGUGUGCACCACAUGGCUCUGUGUGAAAAAAGCUGGGUGGUGGGAGAUUUUUGGUUGUAGUGUCCAGUAUGGUAGAUACUAUGAGCUGAGUGUGGGAGAUAUUUAGUGGUGAGUUAAUAUGCCAGGUAUCAGUGAGUGAUGGAUCGAUAUGUCAGAUAUCAGUGUAUGGUGGGUCCAUGUAUCUGAUAUCAGUGUAUGGUGGGUCCAUGUGUCUGAUAUCAGUGUAUAGUGUGUCCAUAUGUCAGAUAUCAGUGAGUGGUGGGUCAAUGUGUCAGCUAUUAGUGAAUGUUGGGUCCAUGUGCAGAUAUCAGUGUAUGGUGGGUCCAUGUGUCACCUUCAUGAUCUCUCUGCAGGUUCGGGGUGGCAUUCAGUUAUUAUGGCAUCAGUUUCAACAUAACAAGUUUCAGUUUAAAUCCUUUCCUUACCCAUUUCAUUUUUGGGGCAAUUGAGAUUCCAGCCAAAAUUGGAGUUUUCCUUCUGCUGGAUCGUAUUGGACGCAAGCUGUGCCAAGGUGGAUCUUUGCUUACAACCGGAGUGUUCAUUGCACUUACCAGCCUCACCCCAACAGGUAAAUUUCUUGACAUACGGCAAAUGAAGAGAGAAAAGAGGGAAAACCCAUUCAUGCAGACAUCAGAGAUAGGACACAUGAAGUGUGAAGGCACAAAAAGAUUACAGAAGACAUUGCCCCCUGACCAUUAGCAUUGCGGGCCUAUAGGCUGUAGUCCCAUACCAUUCCAUUACAGAUUAGAAUAGCAGAAAGGAUGCUUGGAUAUCAAUUGGCACAGUGGUGCAGGAUAGGAGGCAGCUGAGUAUGGGCUAUCAGCACUGUAUGGCCUAAUUUACCAUCACUUACAAAAAUUCAUUGUGCACUCUGGAAUGCCCGCUCCAUCUGCAGUAAUUUAAAAUCAACAACCAUACACGACUUUUUCAUCUCAAACUCACUCACACUGCUUGUACUUACAGAGACCUGGCUGUCCCCCUCUGAUAGCGCUACUCCUGCCUCUUUAUGUUUUGGUGGGCUACAAUUCUCUCACACUCCCAGACUCAACUGUAAAGGAGGCGGCGUAGGCAUCCUUCUCUCCCCUCAAUUUACCUUUCAACCAAUCAUAACUCCCCCUGCCCUAUCCUUUUCUUCUUUUGAAGUUCACACUGCCCGCCUAUUUAAACCCACUCCUUUAAGAAUUGCUAUCAUCUACCGCCCCCCCGGUUAUCCUAGACUAUUCAUUGAGCACUUUUCUUCCUGCCUUCCCCACUUCCUCUCAUCUAGCACUCCUUACCUUAUACUUGGGGAUUUCAAUAUCCCAAUCAAUAACCCCAAUUGCACUGAUGUCUCUCGUCUGCUCUCUGUAACCUCCUCCUUUGGCCUUAUGCAAUGGUCCAAUUUAGCAACCCAUACAGCAGGAAACACUCUUGAUCUUGCCUUCACCCAUCUCUGUACUGCCUCUAAUCUCUCCAAUAUUCCUUUUCCUCUAUCUGACCACCAUCUGCUGACUUUUGACAUUGGCAUACCUAAGACCCAAUUGACACCACCGUCUGAACAUCACUCUCACAGAAACCUCCAAUGUCUUGACCUAGAGCAUUUCUCCACUAAUCUCCAAAUUCUCCUUUUACCUAUCUCAAACCUCACCUUUCCUAGUUCUGCAACCUCCUUCUACAAUUCCACCCUCUCCUCUCAACUAGACAUCAUGGCACCUUGUACAUUUAAACGCUGCAGGCCCCCCCAACAACAACCCUGGCACACCAAGCUCACUCGAUACCUCCAAAAAUGCUCCAGAACUGCUGAACGCUGUUGGCGAAAGUCUCACUGUGCAUCUGACUUUCUCCACUAUAAAUUUAUGCUGAGCUCAUACAGCUUGGCUCUUUCCUCCGCAAAAGUUCAUUACUUCAAUACCCUCAUAACCACACUCUCCCGCGAACCCAAACGACUAUUUCACACAUUUAAUUCUCUUCUUCACCCUGCUGUUCCUCCUCCACCUACUAACUUGACCGCCUCAGACUUUGCAACUCACUUCACUGACAAGAUCUCUACAAUCAGAGAAGAGAUCUCUCAUCUUUCUUCUUCCCCUUACAAUACUUCCCCUAAUUCAUUCCCUCUGCUGUUCUAUGUUCAUUCACACCCGCUACAUUGGAAGAGGUUUCUGCUCUGCUCCAGUCCUCCCGCCCCACGAUCUGCUCCCUAGAUCCAAUUCCCUCGCAUCUCAUCCAUACUCUGUCUUCUUCUCUUUCUCAACCACUCACUAAAAUUCUCAAUCUCUCUCUCUCCUCUGGUAUAUUUCCAUUGCCCUUCAAACAUGCAACUGUAACCCCAAUUCUAAAGAAGCCCAAUCUUGACCCUAACUCCCCAUCCAACUAUCGUCCUAUCUCGCUACUGCCUUUUGCAUCCAAGAUCCUUCCUCGAGUCCAACUCUCUGCUAGACCCGCUUCAGUCUGGUUUCUGCGCUAAGCACUUUGUGGAAACGGCCAGUAUCCAAUGAUCUACUCACUGCAAAAUCUCGUGGUCACUACUCUAUCCUAAUUCUCCUUGACCUGUCUGCGGCUUUUGACACUGUUGAUCAUCAACAGCUUCUUCUCAUCCUCCACAAUAUCAGUCUACAAGAUAUUGCUCUCUCCUGGUGCUCCUCCUACCUCUCCCAGCGCUCUUUCAGUGUUUCUUUCUCUGGCUCUGCUUCUUCUCCCCAACUCCUCUCUGUUGGUGUCCCCCAAGGUUCAGUCCUUGGUCCCCUACUGUUCUCCAUCUAUACUGCCUCCCUUGGUAAACUCAUUAGCUCCUUUGGCUUCCAAUAUAAUUUCUAUGCAGAUGACACGCAAAUCUACCUGUCCUCUCCUGAUCUCUUCCCGUCCCUCUUGACUAGUGUCUCUGACUGCCUCUCUGCUGUUUCUAACUGGAUGGCUGCCCACUUCCUUAAACUAAACUUGACCAAAACUGAAAUUCUGGUCUUUCCUCCCUCAAGUGUUGUUACUCCUGUGUCUGUCUCCCUCCAAGUCAACGGUGCUACCAUCAGCUCCACCAUGCAGGCUCGCUGCCUAAGUGUUCUCUUUGACUCCGACCUCUCCUUCAAGCCUCAUGUUCAAUCUAUCGCCAAAUCCUGUCAUUUCCAUCUCAAAAACAUUGCGCGCAUCCGCCCCUACUUAACGCCAGAUGCGACUAAGGUGUUGGUCCAUUCCACUGUCCUUUCUCGUCUUGACUACUGUAAUCCGCUUCUCAGUGGUCUUACGUGCUCCCAACUUGUGCCGUUACAGUCCAUAAUGAAUGCGGCGGCGAGGCACAUCUUCCUGUCCGCCCGCACCUCCCAUGCCUCACCCUUCUGUCAGUCCCUACAUUGGCUUCCUAUAAAAUAUAGAGUUCAAUUUAAAAUUCUGGUUAUUGCUUUCAAAUCUCUACAUAAUGCUGCUCCCACCUAUCUAUCCUUCCUAAUACACAAGUAUGUCCCGUCUAGGCCCUUACGAUCUGCUGAAGACUUAUGUCUAUCUUCUGUUCGUACUCUGAUGCUCGCUUUCAAGAUUUCUCGAGGGCUGCACCGUUCCUGUGGAACUCGCUUCCCUCCUCCGUUAGAUGCUCACCCAGUCUCCACUCCUUCAAAAAAUUGUUAAAAACCCACUUCUUCAUAAAAGCGUAUCAACUAAACUGUUAAUAGCUCCUGCCUGAUUCCUCUUCUGCAACUGUCACUAGUCUAAUACUAUCCUUACCUUUUUGUGUCAUUUUACUCCACUCCCUCUAGCAUGUAAGCUCAUUGAGCAGGGCCCUCAACCCUGUGUGUCCAACUUGUCACUACAUGUCUGUUUGUCCACCCAUUGUAAAGCGCUGCAGAAUUUGACGGCGCUCUAUAAAUAUCAAAAUAAUAAUAAUAAUUUGAUGUCAAAGUGUGAGGAUUGAUAGGGGCGAGAUAAGACCAGGUGAUCAUCUUGUCAGCUGCUUUUCUUAUGGAUUUGUUGGUGGUAAAAUGUAUUUCAUGCGGCAUUCGGUUAUUUAUGGGAUCUGAACGGUACUUUCCCAAAGUGUGAGCUCAGACCCCAGCUAUCUGCCGAACGGUCAUGCGGUACAAUGGCACGAAUAAAGUAUAAGUUACAGAUUUUUGUGUGAAAAGCCGGUUCUGCUGUACGUAGGGAUAAUUCACUUAACAAGAUAUUCUCGUGGGAGUAUCCCUCUCGUACAGCAGUGCAUGGUGGGAGAAAUGUCCUGCAUGUUCAGUUCCCCAUGUAGUCCUCUACUGUACAACCCCUGUAAAGUGACUAAGGAAACCCCUUGCAUGGGGAAUCACAUAAAUACUGGAGCUUGUGAAUAAAAUCGUCAGUUGACUCCCAGAACUGUGUUUCGUCCGGGUACUGGGGGAUUUGGGAUAUUGCCUUCAUUUUUAGUGCUUUACUUGGAUUACUUUCUGUACCAGCGGAGAUAUUGGGAUUUAAUAUUGCAGCUCCGCUACAACGUCCACUUCCGGUUUUCGGAGUGGUACGUCGUUGCUCGAUGACGUAUUUCCGCCUGUGUUUUGUUAUAGACCGGCCACGUCUUAAGCCAGAGUGGGGAACUCCUCCCAUCUUCCAACGUCAAAGACGAAAGUCCCAAAAGGGGAAGAGGGAGAGUGUCCAUAUCGUCCAUAUUCGAAGUCCAUCAUACACACCGUUAUAGGCCCUCUACUCCCCAUAAGUCUCCAUUUUGGAAAGGGGCAAGCAUCCCAAAGGUCAUAUGGAACAGAUAAUAAAAAGAUAUAAAGUGCAUAUUGUAACAAGUGACAAACAAUACAUAUUCACAAUAUGGUAAUAAAGUGCAUAUCUAAACUCACACCACAACAUAAAUUUUUUUUAAAGGGACCUUUUUUUUUUUUUUUUUUUUAUGCUAUUUUUAAAAAGGAAAGUGGAAUAUGUAAUUAGUUUUAAUGGACAUCUGUUUAAGACAUAUAUGUUCAAGAACAGCUGGGUUAUAAAAUGGAGUGUAACGGACCGUUUUGCACACAAGAGGUUAAAAACCGUUUAGGCGAUAUUCCCCUUUUCAGAUGCACAGGCAAGUACUGAUAUCACCAAUCUCCCGAACUGCAACCACACGAAUUCACCAAUCUCCCGAACUGCAAACACAUGAAAACUCCAACUCCCAAACAGGAAACACACGAAUGCUGUAAACAGCCGAACAGGAAAAAACAUACAAGCAGUUUACACUCCUGGAAGUCGCAAUGUAACAGCAGACAAUCCAAUUCCCCCCAAGAACGAGACAACACUUCGUUUGAGGGUCAAGCAGAACUGAUUUACUGGGGCUACCUGCCCGGCUUUUAUGCAGGUCUCCCACCUACUGGACACUCCCCUAGGGGACCAGAUGGAAGACUGGGAAACAUAUUGGACAUUGACCAAUCACAAGUUUACAAUCCCACAAUGCAUCAUAAUCCCUCCUCUCUGUCCGGGAGAUAAUUGGGAAGUAAUCCAAUUAUCUCCAAGGACAGAGGCAAAACUCCAUUAACCACAUGGCAGACAAAGGACAAAAAAAGACAUAAAAUUACACAAUGUUACAAAUACUACAUAAAACAUAUACAUUCAACAUAUCUCCAGAUAGCUUAGAUCUAAGCGCACAUUAUUACCGAAUGGCGCUCAGAUCACAUACAUACAGUUCAAUCGCCAUGGAGCCAAAGUCUUUCCCAUAGUCUUUCAGUAUAUGAAUGGGCUCCAUGGCUUAGCUAUCUGGUGUAACACUGCUCACAUAGGGAAAAUAAAAGGUUUUUAAUGCAGGGCCAUAGUCAAGCGGCAAGAGGUGGGCAACCAGGCUCCUCCAGUAACCAGUGGCGAGGUUGAUUCCGCCACAUUUCUCCCCUUUACCAAUCAGACUAGCAGGGUAUCUGACCUCCUGUUGGUCAGUGCCCUGGUUAGUCCAGCAACCCACCCACAACACAUAAUCAACAGAGUGGCCCACCCACAAGAAUUGGUUACUGCACCUGGGGUAGUGGGUAGCUUGUCCAUGUCCAGGAGCUCCACCACGACUCUGGGGGGUACUAGCCUUCCGGAUCGGUGGGUUGCUGAGUGGGCAAAGACCAGCGGUACUCUGCCCUGGUGCCAGCGCUACCACUGGAGUAGCCUGGUUCUAGACCAGCUGAGGAGAAGGGGUAGUAGGCUCCUCACUCUGGACCUGGUGUUGCUGCUGGAGGGGAAGACAGGCUGUCUCCCCUUUGGAUAAACAGCCCUGCUGCUGGGGGACAGGACCGACCGUCCCUACCUCCUGUGGCUUGGGCACAGGGACCACGGUCCCAGCUGCACCGGUAUGAGGCUUAUCAUCUCCCCUUGGUGGGCUAGGCAGCCGCUGGGGAGGGAGAACGAGGCUCUCCCCUUCCAGUAAAAUACUCUGCCGCUGGGAAGCAGAACCGACUGUCCGUAAUCCCUGUAGCUUGGGCACAGAGACCACGGUCCCAUCUGCGCCGGUGGGGAGCUUAAUGUCUCCCCUUGGUGGGCUACGCUGCCGCUGGGGAGAGGGGGUAACAGGCUCCUCUCCCUGACACUCUCUCUGCUGGUGGAGAGGGUGACCGACUGUCUCCCCUUUCAAUAUAUUGUCCCGCUGCUGGGGAUCGAGACCGACUGUCUCUGCUCCCUGCUGGAAACACUGCCGCUGGGGAGGAAGGACGGCACCUUCAGCUCCCUGGGACUCACACUGCCGCUGGGGAGGAAGGACAGCACCUUCAGCUCCCUGGGACUCAAUUGACUGUUGGGGAGAGGGACCAACUGUCUCCUCUCCUAAGAACACACUGCCGCUGGGAAGGAAGAACGACACCUUCAGCUCCCUGGGAUACAUACUGCUGCUGGGGAGCAAGGACGGCACCUUUAGCUCCCUGGGACUCACUUGACCGCUGGGGAGAGGGACCAACUGUCUCCUCUCCUAAUGACACACACUGCCGCUGGGGAGGAAGGACGACACCUUCAGCUCCCUGUAACACAUACUGCCGCUGGGGAGGAAGACGGCACCUUCAGCUUCCUAUAACACCCACUGCCGCUGGGGAGGAAGGACAGCACCUUCGGCUCCCUGUAACACACACUGCCGCUGGGGAGGAAGGACGGCACCUUCGGCUCCCUGUAACACACACUGCCGCUGGGGAGGAAGGACGGCACCUUCGGCUCCCUGUAACACACACUGCCGCUGGGGAGGAAGGAUGGCACCUUCGGCUCCCUGGAACUCACUGGACUGCUGGGGAGAGGGACCAACUGUCUCCUCUCCUAAGGACACACACUGCCGCUGGGGAGGAAGGACGACACCUUCAGCUCCCUCUAACAAACACUGCCACUGGGGAGGAAGGACGGCACCUUUGUCUCCCUGUAAUUCCCUUGACUGCUGGGGAGAGGGACCAACUGUCUCCUCUCCUAAUGACACACACUGUAGCUGGGGAGGAAGGAUGGCACCUUCGUCUCCCCGUAACUCACUCGGACCGUUUUGCACACAAGAUGUUAAAAUCUGUUUAGGCGAUAUUCCCCUUUUCAGAUGCACAGGCAGGUACUGCAAUCACCAAUCUCCCGAAUUGCAACCACACGAAUUCACCAAUCUCCCGAACUGCAAACACAUGAAAACUCCAACUCCCAAACAGGAAACACACGAAUGCUGUAAACAGCCGAACAGGAAAAACCAUACAAGCAGUUUACACUCCUGGGAGUCGCAAUGUAACAGCAGACAAUCCAAUUCCCCCCAAGAACGAGACAACACUUCGUUUGAGGGUCAAGCAGAACUGAUUUACUGGGGCUACCUGCCCGGCUUUUAUGCAGGUCUCCCACCUGGUGGAAACGCCCCUAGGGGACCAGAUGGAAGACUGGGAAACAUAUUGGACAUUGACCAAUCACAAGCUUACAAUCCCACAAUGCAUCACAAUCCCUCCUCUCUGUCCUGGAGAUAAUUGGGAAGUAAUCCAAUUAUCUCCAAGGACAGAAGCAAAACUCCAUUAAUCACAUGGCAGACAAAGGACAAUAAAAGACAUAAAAUUACACAAUGUUACAAUUACUACAUAAAACAUAUACAUUCAACAUAUCCCCAGAUAGCUUAGCUUAGAUCUGAGCGCACACUAUUACCGAAUGGCGCUCAGAUCACAUACAUACAGUUCAAUUGUCUUUCCCAUAGUCUUUCGGUAUAUGAAUGGGCUCCAUGGCUUAGCUAUCUGGGGUAACACUGCUCACAUAGGGAAAAUAAAAGGUUUUUAAUGCAGGGCCAUAGUCAAGCGGCAAGAGGUGGGCAACCAGGCUCCUCCAGUGGCCAGUGGCGAGGUUGGUUCCGCCACAUGGAGUUAAUCUCAAAAUCUAUAUUAAGCCCUCUCGGUGUUAAGGUGCGUAACUCAAAAAUCCAUUUUGUUUCUUGCAGGCUUUGUUUUUUGUUAAAGUCACCCCCUCUCCAAUGCAUGGUAACUUUUUCAAUCAUACAAAAUUCCAAUUUUUUGGGAUCAGAAUUGUGCUUUUCUAAAAAAUGCUUUGACACACUAUGAUUGGUAAAACCUCUCUUUAUGUUUCUUAUGUGUUCACUAAUUCUUAUAUUAAGUGCUCUGGUAGUUUUGCCCACAUCUUGAAGCCCACACUCACAUGAUAGUAAAUAAAUUAUCAGAUUCUAAAACCUGGUUAAUCUCCUGUUGUAAACUUUCCUCAGAGUAUCCCUUUUGUUUAAAGUGUUCUUUCAAAGCAUUAGCUUGAAUUUUAAAAACUAACUGUUCAGAGCAAUUUCUACAAAGUCUUAAGAAUUGCCCUUUGGGUAUAUUUUUUAGGCAUGGAUAAUGAUGACAGCUAUCUGUUUCGAUAUAGCUGUUCACAUCUACUUGUUUAAAAUGUGUACGAGUAUUAACCUUAUUAUUACAAAUACAAAUCUCUAAAAAGUCUAAAAAGCUGAUGUUUGUUUUACUAACAACCUUGGUUAACGUUAUUCCCCAUGUAUUAGAAUUCAAAAAUAGAAAGAAUUGUUGAAACUGUUGGAUAGAUCCUUUCCAGAUCAGGAAGAUGUCAUGUAUAUAUCUCCUAUAGAGGACCAAGUUCGCAAUUAUUUUUCCCAAAAUGCCAUGAAUAAAUUAGUGUAACUCAGCGCGAACUUGGUCCCCUUAGCAGUCCCCCUGAUCUGAAGAUAAAAAUUCCCUUCAAACCAAAAAUAAUUAUUUAAAAUCAUCCUAAUCCCCUCUAAAAUAAUAUCCGUCUGUACUUCCUGGGAUUGUUUAGAUUCUAUAAAAAAAUGUAUGGACGAUAUGGACACCCCCCCCCUUCCCCUUUUGGGACUUUCGUCUUUGACGUUGGAAUAUGGGAGGGGUUCCCCACUCUGGCGGAAGAAGCGGCCGGUCUAUAACAAAACACAGUCGGAAAUACAUCAUCAGACAACGACCUACCACUCCGAAAACCGGAAGUGGACGCCACCGGAAGGAGACGCACCGCCAUUUGCCAUACCCGGAAGUGAUCGCAUACAGGGACAUUUCUAUGUAUUGUGCUGAAAACCAGAAGCACCACCAUCUUAGUGGUGGCGAGCUACUUCCGGCUGUGGCCAUAUUUGGUCAUUCAAUUACCCUAAUUUAGCCACUACACCUGUGACCCUAUAUCCAUUAGGGGGUAUAUAUGGGUGUACAGGCAAAGGGGAAAGAAUAAAUUGUAUAUAUGUGUAGACCACUCAGGUGCAGCAAUAUAGAUUGAAAUAAAGGUAAUUACUUCCCUUAUAUUUUAGGUCGUAACAAAGGAUUCCUCAAAAUCCUCAAAUACAAAUAUGAAAUGCAAGAUACACCUAAAAAGACAGAGGCAAAAAGAAAUUCAUAGGGCAACACUAUACAAUCAAAAGUGGCCCCUUGAUAAUAGUAAUGCACUCACAAGAUGUACAAAUUUUUCAAGCCCGUCAAUAUCUCUUUAAGUAUUCAGCUGCAGAGAUUCUCAAUAUCCAAGGAUGCAUGCCAAAAGAAAAAAACUGGACAUAGUACAGCAAUGUUUAAAAUAUAAAAUGACACACUUUAAUUAAACACACUUACAAGAAGUAAAAAAAGUGAAAAGGCUCAUCAAUAAAUCUCUGUAUCCCUCAAUCCCAGAUGGUAUGAAGGUGAGGUAGAAGACAGGAAUAGCGAGCAACAGUAAAAAAGCUCAACGCGUUUCGUCUACUAUCAGUGUAGACUUCCUCAGGAGCAAGCGAAUUAUAAAAUCAAAUAUAGCAACAAUAAAUCAAACAUUACAAUGUAUCAAAUGCCCGCGAUUGCUUUUAAGUGUCCCCCUCGUCGUGCUUCCGUUCAUUCCGCCAAUCCGUUGCGCUGGGGUCACCUGUCCUCAGUUGUUCAUUAGUCCGUGUCCAUAUAUGGACUUCCGUUGAUCUUCGUGGAACGCAUAUGCGUUCCACCUAUUGUCGGCCCAAGAGGACGUCAUCACCUGCGCGUGGAAUGCACAUGCGUUCCAUUUCCCCAGUUCCGUCGAUCGGCAUAAGUUUAAAUAGUCAGGGGUAUAGAAGACAUCAUAAAAAAAUCAUAAAAAAUGCCUAGAUAUAUUAGAAAAAGACUGGAUAUAUUAGAAGAAAUUUACUUAGUAGAUAUUAUACCAAUAACAGUUAUUUACACAUCUCAUCCGAUGUAAUUAAAAAAGUAAAGAGUAAACAGUCAAUGCAUAAAAAGAAAGGAAACAUAAUGGACACAAAUAAGUAUCAUCUUCCCUCUAAAAUAAAAUCCGUCUGUACUUCCUGGAAUUGUUUAGAUUCUAUAAAAAAAUGUAUGGACGAUAUGGACACACCCCCCCCCUUCCCCUUUUGGGACUUUCGUCUUUGACGUUGGAAGAUGGGAGGGGUUUCCCACGCUGGCGGAAGACGCGGCUGGUCUAUAACAAAACACAGGCGGAAAUACAUCAUCAGACAACAACGUACCUCUCCGAAAACCGGAAGUGGACGUCACUGGAAGGAGACGCACCGCCAUUUGCCAUACCCGGAAGUGAUCGCAUACAGGGACAUUUCUAUGUAUUGUGCUGCAAACCAGAAGCACCACCAUCUUAGUGGUGGUGAGCUGCUUCUGGCUGUGGCCAUAUUUGGUCAUUCAAUUACCCUAAUUUAGCCACUACACCUGUGACCCUAUAUCCAUUAGGGGGUAUAUAUGGGUGUACAGGCAAAGGAGAAAGAUAUGCUGCACCUGAGGAAGACCAUAAUAGGGUCAAAACGCGUUGUGCUAUAUAUGAGUAAAAAUUCCAACUUUGAACAAAUCCAUUUGAUUCAUGGGUUCCUAAAAUUCGAAUAUUAAAGGACCUCCAAGGACAAGGAUCCAGCAUAUCCCACUAAGUGGAUGAAAUGCUUCUAUAGUCCAGCGCCUAACUUAUUUGGCUCUGGAAAUUGUGAGUGCACCUUUUUCCUUUUAUUACAGUAUACAUUUGUUUAAACAGUAUACACUCAGGGCCGGACUGGCCCACCGGAAUACCAGGAAAUUUCCAGUUGGGCCGUCGGCACCUGCGGCCGCAGAGGGAGCUCUUUUGGCGGCUGUAGGGGGAGCUGGCUGUUCUGUCUCUGCUCCCCCGCACUUGCGCGCUAGAAAGAGACCGGGGCCGGAAUAUGACGUCAUAUUCCAGUUUCAUUAAGUGGCGCGCUGGGGCGGGGGAGCAGAAACAGAACAGCCAGCUCCCCCUGCGGCCACCAAAAGAGCUCCCUCUGCCGCCAGAAGACUCAGCUCCCCUAUGUGGCCGCCAACACAAAGGUAGAAAUUAUGCGUGUCAGUGUGAGUGUAUAUGUGUCUGUGUCAUUGUGUGUGUGUCUGUGUCAUUGUGUGUGUGUGUCUCUGUCUGUCAUGGUGUGUGCGUCUGUCUGUGUCAUUGUGUGUCUGUGUCAUUGUGUGUGUGUGUCUCUGUCAUGGUGUGUCUGUCUGUGUCAUGGUGUGUGUGUCUCUGUGUCUCUGUGUCAUGGUGUGUGUGUCUGUCUGUAUCAUGGUGUGUGUGGGUGUGUCUCUGUCCGUCAUGGUGUGUCUGUCUGUGUCAUGGUGUGUGUGUGUAACGAAAUCCCUUAUUAAACAGACCAUGCCAACCAGCCUGUUCGGUUAUUUGGAUGAUUACAGCGGGAUUACGUGCAAAUAGCGAGAAAAGCGAAUGAACUACCGAACCACCCGACCUCCCACUGAGGUCGUGUGGCGCCUAUUAACCACCCACACUAUUGCGGUUAACCACAGACUAAUUGGGGAAUAGCUGGUGGUCCGCGUUCGUUUACCGAACACGUGGCAAUCGCCAUUUUGGAUUGUCGAACACUCAACGGUAAAUGGCGAGGAUUCCCUGGAACUAACUUCGGCUACUUAUUUUGUCGAACACCGCUGCUACCUCUUCAAAUCCUCGUUCGUACAGUGGAAAAACACACGAAUGAAGGAGAUACUACUUCAUUCGUGCGCUGGAAGUAUGCGAAAGUGAUUUUUAUGCUGUUUUGCUAAAAUAAGAAAAGCCAUGUUUCUUUCUACCUGGAGAUAAUUAAGGCUCUCUUUGCUACCUUAAGUUAAUUAUCUCCAGGAUGGAAAAGAGGGAGUGAUUUAUGUAAAAGGGGAGUGCUUAUGCUAUAGCCACUGUGAUUGGCUACUGUGAUACUUUUGUCCCAGACUUCCAUCUGGUCCCCUAGGGGAGUGUCCCCCAGGUGGGAGACCUGCAUAAAUACCGGGCAGGUAGCCCACAGUAAAUGAGAUUGUUUUACCCCUUCAUGAAGUCUCGAUUCAUGUUUGGGGGAUUAGGAGUUAUAAUCACUUCGUUUCAGCUGGAUUUCGGGAGAAGCUGCAGGGAUCAUCGUUGCACGAAUAGAAGGAUCCUUUACAGUGUGUGUCUGUCUGUGUCAUGCAAUGUGUGUCUGUGUUAUUGUGUGUCUGUCUGUGUCAUGGUGUGUGUGUCUCUGUCUGUCAUGGUGUGUGUGUGUCUGUGUCAUGCAAUGUGUGUCUGUGUCAUUGUGUGUGUGUGUCUGUCAUGUAAUGUGUGUCUGUCUUUGUCAUGGUGUGUGUGUGUGUGUUUUUCAUGGUGUGUGCGUGUGUGUGUCUGUCUGUGUCAUGGUGUGUGUGUCUGUGUCACGGCCUCUCUGUGUCAUAGUGUCUGUGUCAUGGUGUGUGUGUCUGUCUGUGUCACUGUGUGUGUGUCUGUGUCACAGUUUGUGUCACAGUCUGUCUGUGUUAUGGUGUGUGUGUGUGUCUUUUUUAAGGUGUGUGUCUGUCAUGGUAUAUGUCUGUGUGUGUCAUGGUAUGUGUGUGUCUGUCAUGGUAUGUGAGUGUGUCUGUCAUGGUAUGUGUGUGUGUCUGUCAUGGUGUGUGUGUGUCAUGGUGUGUCUCUGUUUCUGUCUGUGUCACGGUGUGUGUGUGUCUGUGUCACGGUCUGUCUGUGUCAUGGUGUGUGUCUGUCAUGGUAUGUGUGUUUUUUUCACCUUUUUCCACCCCACGUCGUGCUGGUCUCCCCUCGACUGGCCCUGCCUCUAUGGCUGAGAUCAUCAAGCUUGAUGAUCUCAGCCAAUCCGCACUGACACAGGAAGCACCUCUAGUGACCGUCUGAGUGUCUGUCACUAGGAAGCAAUGUAAACACUGCCUUUUCUCUAAAAAGUCAGUGUUUACAUUGAAAAUCCUGCAGGGACAGGCUAUAGACACCAGAACCACUACAUUAAGCUGUGUGUGUGCGCGCGCCUGCUAGUGAGUGGGCUUGCUUGUGUGUGUUUGUGUGUGUGUGUGUGCGCGCGCCUGCUACUGAGUGAGCCUGUGUUUUUAUGUCAAUGACCUUAUGUAUAUCAGUGAGAUUAUUUGUCUAUGAGGCUGUGAAUCAAUCAGCUUGUGUCAGUGAGAUUGUCUGUGUCUGCAUGUGAGUAUGCUUACUGUAUAAUUAAAAAUUUUACUCUGAAAGGACCAAUAUUUUAUAUUGGAAAAAGCAAUAUAUACAUAUAUCAAUCAUCUAGGGUGGCAAGACAUAGCCUUACAUAUUACAUGCAACAAUAUAUGGCGCAAUGACUUAUGGGGCUGGCAUAGAUUUUUUUCCCAGGGCUGCUUUGGAAUCCCCAGUCCGGCCCUGUAUACACUAUGCUGUGCUUUUUAUAUUUAUUGUAUACAGGGUCCACAAUAAAGAACUAUAACUGUCAAUAGGACCGAGCGCUAUCACCUUUCUUUCUUUGUGGUUUCUAUUUGGAGUGUACAGAGUGACUAUAUACUGAGGUGGUAAAAGCUGCACCAGUCUGUAUUGUUUAAGCUUAGCACCUAUUUGUUACGCUACUUGGGUGAUUUGGAUUGGAACUCAACUGCAGCUUGUAAAACUCCCUAAUUACAAUAGUGAAGAAACGGAGAAUCUUUAAAGUAUCAAUACUGUAGCUUUAAGAAAAGAGAGAAUCACUGGUAACUUGAUUCAAACGAAGUUUUAAUAAGUGUUAAACUUAAAUGAAUUGCAUUUAGGCAAUAAUCCAAUGAGAAGAAGUGCAAGUAAUCAACAACACAAAGUUCAUUAUUAAGUAUUUCCUCAGAGAGGCAUUCAGUAACAUUCUUUAGGUUAAUGAGAAUAAUCUUCAAUAGUAACUUUAAGCAAGUAGCUGAGAAUAUUUGCAAAGCAGGAACAGUUCAUAGUAAAUAAGCAUGAUGGGAGUUGUCCUCCAUAUAAUUAGUAGUUUGAAGCAAUGAAGAUUUGAGUAAGCAAAGCAUUAGUUCAUUAUUAAAUGAUAUUGUAGACAAAUAGCUGAAAGAUAUACUUAAGGUUAAUCUGAGUUGUCCUCCAAUAGUUCAGGGAUAUGGUCCACUUGUAAAGUAAGUGAGUUUCCGUUCUCCAGUAAUCCUCUAUGACAUGACGCAUACUUGUCUUAGUCCAGAAGGCUAGGACGACUUCAGAGUUUGUAGAGCCGGCAUGUUCCAGGAACCGGCGUGCAUUUUGGAAGUAGGACCCACAUUGCCAGAGCCUGUGGAGAGGUAAGUCUGGCGGAAGUAGCUCCCAGUAUCACCAAGCCCCCUCUCUCUGGCACGGUCUCCCUAAAUACCGUUAGAGCCGCGUCAGAGGGGUGCCGAACCCGGAAGUGUUACCGCAUGACACUAUUUCACCUUCUACUGUUUGUGUGUUAUUUGUUAGAUCAUGUAUGAUCACCUAUUUGUUUUGUUAUAUCUCUAAUAAUUACAGAAAUAUUAGUGUAGCGGCUACAAGGAUUGGGACACGAGUCUCGCCGCAAAGGAUGCUUUUUUCCCUUCUCUUGAUCUCUGUCAGCGCCGUCUUCAGUGAUUAUAGCCGAGAAGUGUCAUAUAGCUUUUCUCCCCAGACAUUAGCCAAGACUUAAGAUGAAAGUUGUAAAAAAUGUAGAUGAAUGGAUGUUCAAUGUAAUAAUGUUGAUUCUUCUUAAUUUCUUCUCAUCUUCGGUUGAUUGAUAUAUAUACGUCUUUUGUAUAUAUAUUCUUGGGCCAAAUGCUCGCCACAAUAAUAUAUGUCUAUAUUAUUGAAAAGUAGUAAUACGCAAUCUGACUUACGGUUUCUUCAGGUUUAUUCUUUGUUACGGAUACAUAAUAAAGAAUGUUACAGGAUAGCGGACAUUCAACAGCAGAUGGUAAUUGCUGGACUUCUGAUGGGAGAGUUACAUCGUUGUACAGAGCCAAGAGCCAAGCCAAGUGUGAGAGACCUCGUGUCCCUCUGUUACUAUAUAGAAGUGCUAAUAGUAACGUCAGCAUAUAACUCUAGCCAUAUAAGGACAAGACCCCCGAAUCCACAUUCCAGAGCUCUAGGACAAAGAAAGCCUUGUGACUUAUUGAUACCAUCUGUUACUUAUGUCAAUCCACACAUCCAUAUAUAUAAUCAAUAGAAACAUAGAAUAUGCAAUAUUCUACAUUCCCUCUGUUUAUGGUUUGUUUGAAAACCAUAACACAAUGUCACUUACCUGUCCAUUCAUACAUCACUUGUAUCACAUUCAUUGAGCAUAGAACAAGAUGUAGUCACAAUUUUCUAUUAUAUGAGAGUUCUUAGAAGGUCGAGUUUCUAUCCCUCAUAAUGCUUACUUUACUUCAAAACUCCCUUUGUUUCAGCUAUGUAUUGAUAUCCAUAUCCAUGUUACAUCAUAACUACUUGAACAUAAUAUAUACAUAUAUAACAAUAAUAAAUGAAUAAAAUAAAAUAUUUACAAAUGUUGAUCCAAUAAACAAUAAAGCAAUCAGAAAGAUCUACGUGCUCAGGUACAAUCGUAUCUUUGUAGAUAACAAAAUCAAGAUCGUAACUUUCUAAAUAAUAACUGUGUAUCACUAUCAUAUUCCUAAUAAAGACACAUAUAACAAAGUAUUUUAAUUCUCAAUACCUGAUAUUACUUAAGUACUAAUACAUGUAUUACUAUAAUAUCCUGUCCAAUUAGAUUUCCAUGAAUCAUCUGUUUUCUAGUAACUUAAAAUCUUUAGGUCAUUUGUAUUCAUGAAUUACAUUCCUAUACCAUUAAUACCACCUAGUGAUGAUUGUAUCAGUACUUUACAAUCAUAGUAUUUAAUUUGUAUAUUCAGUAGGCUCUCACUACCUAAAAUAUACCAACACUACUUAUAAGUCUCAUUCAAAGGAUGUGUUAUCAACCAUGAAGUCUUAUAAUAAUUCUUCAAAUAGUAUUCAUGGUGUUAACAAUACUUAUUGUUCUAGAAAUUCUUCACCCAGAAAUCUUUCUAUCAUAGAUUUGAUUUUGUUCACAUAAUUAUAAUUUUCACUAAAAUUCCACCUUGUAGUAACAAACUUUAAAUUCAAUAGAAACAUAGUUUACUUUAAAAGAACUUGGAAAGAAUAAUAUAAAUUCAUUAGCAUCACUCUCUUCAUUAGUAUUGUGAUGACUUAUUAAUGUAAUACAUCUCAACAUAAAAGUAGGAUUGUCCUAAUGUUACCCUAACAUUUAUUCUGACCAAUCCGUAUUCCUUAGUACACUUCAACUGACUAAAGUAAAAUAAAAUAAAAUAAACUUGGGGUCAUACUGCCCAGAAACUCUUAUUCCUAGUCUGUGUCUAACAAACUCAUGGUAAUCAUAAAACAACUUAACAACGUAUUCAUUGGAUACCAUCAUAUCCAGAAACCUAUUCUCCCUAGUCCAUACCUUUAUAGACUUAGGUCAAAUAUAAUUGUGUACUAUACUCUUUCCAUUCAAUUCAAUUCCUCUUGGAUCUCUGAACUCUUAUAUCCAAGGCCUUCUUAAUGUAUACUAUUACUUAAUAUUAAUCAAUAUAAAUUAUCCUUCCUUAGUUUUCUUCCUUAUGUUACCAUUGUUUGUUUUACUUCACCUCAAUAUAAACAAAUUACUCAUUAUAUUUAAUCUAUGAAAUACUAUUUAACUCAAUCUUUGUGGUAUUAAGUAACCAUGAUCCUUAUUUUAUCAACUUCAUAUUUUAUCUACCUCUGAUACUUCUCAUUCUAUGUAUAGAUAAUAAUGUAACAGUUCUUUUCAAAAUACUAUCCUAUCAUAAUUUUCUAAGUACUCUCUUUUGGUAUUAAUACUCAUAACUGUUAAAUAACUUUUCAUUGUCUUUUUUCUUCAUUAAUAUUUAGGAAUUAAUAUUUGUUAGUGUCAAUCUUUUAUUUCUUUGUAAGUCUGUUAAUCUUCUGUAUCGAAUGAACUCUGUAGAAUCUUCCAUCAAAGUUUGCAGAUCAGAUGAAAAGUCUCUUUCCAACAGUCGAUGUCCAGUUGCCUGAAGGAAUGCUUUCCUGAUUUAUUGCCACAUGGAUCUGUCACGCUUUACCUACAUUAAAACAAAUAACAUGUGCAGCAUCAAUACAAUGGCUUACAAUGUUUAUAUCUCAUUAUUAUUAUACAGUUUAACAUUGAAUCAUAUUGACUACACAAAACAUACUCAUAUCUUCUCAUGAGAUCUACCAUCUAGUGGUCAUUACAUUUAUGCCAUGUGAUGUAUAAUCUUUAAAUUUCCUUUAUAUUCAAAUCUUUCUGAACAUUUUAUUAAUCAUACCCCCCUUUUAAACUGUUUAAUAAUCUGGAGGUAUAACCUAAUCACAUAUCAGAUGUUACAACAAAAUAUUGUUUUCCACUAUACUUUAGCUAUAGCAGCCAUCUUGUCCUAACACUGGCACCAUUUUGUCACAUGAAACAAACUACAAAAACAUAUAUCGUUUCCUUCAUCAAAUGUAUUUGUAAAUCUAGGUUUUAUUCUAUCAAAACUUUUGUCUUCUAUGUAGUCAAAAUAUAUGUAUGUCCAGGCUUUGCAAAAUAUAGUAAUCCAUUAUCAGUCAUGACAUUAAAAUCUCAUUCUCAUGAAUUAAAUCAAAGAUUUUAAAUCAACCUCAGAAGCAACAAAGAAUAAAUCCAUUGUUUUUUCUUCUGUAAAAUGAUUGGAGUUACUGUAUAAUCGCACACACCCAAUAUAACAUUGCAUGUUCCUCACUGCUACAUUAGUGUAUUUCAUUCUGUCAUAUUUGCAAACUUGAUGUAAAUUUUUAUUUUAAUUAAUUAACCUAAUACUUUCUUAUAACACACAUAAAACAAUGAAAAAACAGUACAGACUAACAAGUCAUUUAAAACAACAAACUAACAUAGAUCUCUAUUCUUGGCUGUUUUUAAUUCUGGAAUCAGCCUGUGUACCUCUGUUGGCACACAUAUCCAGGCUCAUUCUCUAAACUGAUCAUAUCUCGUGAAUUUAUCUGAUUCUUAUAACUUUCUGUGUUACACUGCAUUGCUUGUCUGUCUCUUAAUUUCGAUUUAGCUAAAAUUGCUUUUAUUUGUCUGAUUAUCAGUUUACAAGGAAAGGCUUUUAUUGAUUUAUCUCCACAUGUAUUUUCUCUGUCAGAAUUUUCAAUCAACAAAUUUAAUUUCUCAUUUGCUUUUGAUUUGAUAUCUCGGAUAAAAUAUCUGCAAGAUCUUAAAUAAUGUUGUUUAUUGCACCAAAAACAAAUAACUUUAGGAGUUAUAUUCUGCCUUUUAUUUGAGCAAAUUGGGAGGGGCUCAGCUGUCUGUAUCUCUUUUACACUGAGUCCACAAAGAAGAAGAAGGAGGGGGACGAGGGCUGUAACAUCUGCACUUCUUUCUCUGCCUAAUUCCACAAGUCAUUUUAACCCCUUCAUUAUUGGUUACUCUCCUUAAGUUAUCCAAGAACAAAGCUACUUCUGUCAAAGUGCUUUUUUCUCUAGCUAACACAAUUGCAGUUGGAUCUAGAUCUUGAAAUUUUUUCACAAAUUCAUUAAUUAACUGAUUCUCAGGAAAAUUAGCAACAAGUCUAUAUGCAUUUUCAAAUUUUACAAGAAAACUAAAUAUAUCCUCCCCCUUGUGUGGUUUUAGUUUUUCCAACAUUUCAGUGUCUGCAAAAUCAUUCCCUGUUGUUAAUUUUAUUAAUUGUGUUAAUCUGUCUUGCUUAUUUCCAUAUAUUAUUUCAUCAUUGUCCUCGAAUUUUACAGGUGCGGUCAGCCUACAUGCCAUUUGAGUCGGCAGCCAUAUUUGAAAUAGUCUAUUCCUUUGUUCGUCAUUUAGGCUGUAUUUGUCUAAAUUAGACUCAAACAUUUCAGCAUUAGUAAAUGCAUCCACUGACGUGUCAUAAACUGGAAUACAUUUCACAAUUUUCAUUAAUUGUUCAUGGAUUUUCAAAUUAAGUUUUGCAGCUCUGUCUUGAAAUUUACAUUUCUGCAAAUCACUCUGUGAGGAUACAUUUUCAGUAUCUGUUAGUUCUGGGAUUAGAUUCUGUGCCUGUAUUUUUCUUGUAUUAACACACACUUGCUUUACUUCAUUUGUAAACUGGCAACUAAAAUCAUUUCUUAAUUCAACUCUAUCCUCUAAUUCACAGACUUUUUCUAACAAUGUUCUCUCUGUUACUUUGUUACACUGUUCAUUUAAAUCUGAUUUGUCUUCUGUUAACCCAUUCAAAUCUACUUCUUUUUCUGCUGAUUCUAAAUUGUCUUUACCUGUAUUUCGUUUACAAAUCAAUGCAUUGUAAGUACAGACUAGUUUCAUAACAUUUCUGAUCUUUUGUUUUUUCUUAUUAACAAACAAUUUCUUGGCAAUUUCACUAUUGGCAAUUUCACAUUGUGUGUAUAAAGAUUGCCACAAUACAGCAUCUGAAUAGCUGCUAUUACAUGCAAACUGCAAUUUACUUUUCUCUGCAAUAUCAUUUAUGAAUUCCAUGUUACUCACCAGAUCAGUUAUUUCUGUCUAAUUCGUUGCUUCAUCCACACAGCUGCGCAGUUCUUUGCUUGGACGCUUGCCAAUGUCUGCCACGUGCUUGCUUCUAGAAUUCACGUUGUAUCUUGUGCUUUUUGUCUCAGUUGUAGAAAAUAGUCUUGUACAGUCUUUAUGAUUUGAAAACUCUAUUUUUCUUACAAACCACAGUUCUUCUAUGAUAGUCAGUCUAGAUUCUUUUUUUCUCUUCAAGUUUGUUUUCCCAGUUCCAAAAUAGCUUUGUAACUCGAUUCUUCUCUCUCCCCCCUUGAAGUGGGAACAAAACUUGAAUAGAAGACUGGCUGGCUAGCCAAUGUAAAAAAUGUAGAUGAAUGGAUGUUCAAUGUAAUAAUGUUGAUUCUUCUUAAUUUCUUCUCAUCUUCGGUUGAUUGAUAUAUAUACGUCUUUUGUAUAUAUAUUCUUGGGCCAAAUGCUCGCCACAAUAAUAUAUGUCUAUAUUAUUGAAAAGUAGUAAUACUCAAUCUGACUUACGGUUUCUUCAGGUUUAUUCUUUGUUACGGAUACAUAAUAAAGGAUGUUACAGGAUAGUGGACAUUCAACAGCAGAUGGUAAUUGCUGGACUUCUGAUGGGAGAGUUACAUCGUUGUACAGAGCCAAGAGCCAAGCCAAGUGUGAGAGACCUCGUGUCCCUCUGUUACUAUAUAGAAGUGCUAAUACUAACGUCAGCAUAUAACUCUAGCCAUAUAAGGACAAGACCCCCGAAUCCACAUUCCAGAGCUCUCGGACAAAGAAAGCCUUGUGACUUAUUGAUACCAUCUGUUACUUAUGUCAAUCCACACAUCCAUAUAUAUAAUCAAUAGAAACAUAGAAUAUGCAAUAUUCUACAAAAGUAGACUGGCUUAUUCAGGGCAAGUGUAAAACCUGGUUGGAAUGAUCGUCACUGUUAAAUCUUCUUAAUUUCUUCUUGUCUUCAGUUGAUUGAUAUAUAGUCUUGGGCCAAAUGCUCGCCACAAUAAUAUAUGUCUAUAUUAUUGAAAAGUACUAAUAUGCAAUCUGACUUACGGUUUCUUCAGGUUUAUUCUUUGUUACGGAUACAUAAUAAAACAUAAUAAAUGAUGUUACAGGAUAACGGACAUUCAACAGCAGAUGGUAAUUGUUGGACUUCUUUACAUCCUUACAUCUUUACAUCGAGAGAGAGAGCCCGAGAGCCCAGAGCCAAGAGCGACCUCGUGUCCUUCUUUUACUAUAUUGAUGUGCUUAUACUAACGUCAGCAUAUAACUCUAGCCAUAUAAGGACAAAACCCCCACAUCCACAUUCCAGAGCUCUCGGACAAAGAAAGCCUUGUGACUUAUUGAUACCAUCUGUUACUUAUGUCAAUCCACACAUCCAUAUAUAUAUAAUCAAUAGAAACAUAGAAUAUGCAAUAUUCUACAGCAAGGUACAUUCAAUUUAUACACAGACCCCCAGCAUGGGGUCUCCACAUAUUUCAAUACAAACUCCUCCCAGGUUUCCUCCAUAUAAUUAGUAGUUAUAUGGAAAUAUUGAGUCAAGGACCUGUAACUCAAUUAUCUCUCAGUUACAGGGACCCACACAGAAACCCCCACAAGUUUUAUAUCCCCGGAUAGCCCUGAUCUGAGUACCCAAGUUGUCAAAAUAGCACUCGGACCCAUUUGGUGGAAAGGAAUCGUCAUCCGGGUAACGUUUUGACCGACCAGCCACGAGGUUGUAGCCCAAAAUAGUUCGAGGACGAAAUAGGCUGUAGCCGAUCUCUGUUCGGGAGUUGCUGUGUGCAUGAAAACAAGUGUUCAAGGAAGCUGUCAGUGUUACCCCAUCGCUCUGUAGAUUGUGUUUAAGAAAGCUUACUGGUUACUCCAUCGCUCUGUAGGAUGUGUUCAAGGAAGCUUACCGGUUACACCAUCGCUCUGUAGAAUGUGUUCAAGGAAGCUUACCGAUUACCCAAACGCUCUGUAGGAUGUGAUAAAGGAAGCUUACCUCUAGCAUUGAGUCUAUAAUUAGUCUGCGGAUUGUGACUAUAUGGAUUUUGUGACUAACGUAGAUACUCGUCCUUUACUUAUAAACAUUUAGCAACAAAUGGAAGUUGGUAUAUCUGACUAAAUAAAAAUCAGUCAGCACUAUACAUAAUGCCCCACACCACCCAACAAACUCCACACUUCCCAGCAAACUAACUACCCUACUACACCAUCCAGCAAACUCCACACUAUCCAGCAAACUUAACUACCCCACUACACCACCCGGCAAACUAAAUACCCCACUACACUAGCCAAUCCCACACUACCCAGCAAAUUUAACUACCCCAUUACACUACUCAGCAAACUAACUUCCCCACUACACGACCCAGCUAACUGAACCACCCCACUGCACUACCCAACAUACUCCAUGUUUCCAAGAAAACUAACUACCCCACACUACCCAGCAAACUAACUACCCUACUACACCACCCAGCAAACUCCACAAUACCCAGCAAACUUAACUACCCCACUACACCACCCGGCAAACUAACUACCCCACUACACUAGCCAACCCCACACUACCCAGCAAAUUUAACUACCCCACUACACUACUCAGCAAACUAACCUCACCACUACACUACCCAGCCAACCCCACACUACCCAGCUAACUGAACCACCCCACUGCACUACCCAGCAAACCCCACAUUACACAGCAAACUAACUAUCUCACUAAUCUACCCAGCCAACCCCACACUAGAAACAUAGAAUGUGACGGCAGAUAAGAAGCAUUCGGCCUCUAAAUACUUUCAUUAGUCCCUGGCCUUAUCUUAUAGUUAGGAUAGCCUUAUGCCUAUCCCACGCAUGCUUAAACUCCCUCACUGUGUUAACCUCUACCACUUCAGCUGGAAGGCUAUUCCAUGCAUCCAAUACCCUCUCAGUAAAGUAAUAUUUCCUGAUAUUAUUUUUAAACCUUUGCCCCUCUAAUUUAAGACACUGUCAUCUUGUUGUGGUAGUUUUUCUUCUUUUAAAUAUAGUCUCCUCUUUUACUGUGUUGAUUCCCUUUAUGUAUUUAAAUGUUUCUAUCAUAUCCCCCUGUCUCAUCUUUCCUCCAAGCUAUACAUGUUAAGAUCCUUUAACCUUUCCUGGUAAGUUUUAUCCUGCAAUCCAUGUACCAGUUUAGUAGCCCUUCUUUGAACUCUCUAAAGUAUCAAUAUCCAUCUGGAGAUACGGUCUCCAGUACUGCGUACAAUACUCCAAGUGAGGUCACUACCCAGCAAACUUAACUACCCCACUACACUACCCAGCCAACCUCACACUACCCAGCUAACUUAACUACCCCACCACUCUACCCAGCCAACCCCACACUACUCAGCUAACCUAACUACCCCACUACUCUACCCAGCCAAUGCCACAAUACCCAGCUAACUUAAGUACCCCAUUACUCUACCAAGCCAACCCCACAAUACCCAGCUAAUACACACCUAAUACACUAUAACUAUAGAUAAAAAAAAACAUAAUAAGAAAACUAGCCAGCUGAGAUAAGGAAUUCUAUAUUAAACAGACUGUGCAAGGAAGGAAGUUUCAACAUUAGAUCUCACUUUACAGGAAGUGUAAACAUUAGAUCUCACUUUACAGGAAGUGUCUAGGCAGGCUGCGUAAGUCACAUGCAGCGAGGAGUGACUAGAGCUGUAUAAACAAAAUUAUUUAACUUUUAAAUGGCAGUGAAUUGAACAGUGACACUGCAGGGGCAUGAUCUAUACACCAAAACUGCUUCAUAAAGCUGAAGUUGUUUUGGUGUUUAGAGUGUACCAUUAAAUAAUAUAAGUAGCUGUUAAUAUGUUUUGCGUAGUCAGUUAAUUCAUACAAUUUGUGGCCCUUUUAAUUCAGAGAGGAAACUAGUCUCAAAGCCUAAUGGUUUUAAUGUAGCAGGUAGGAUGGAUAUAAAUAUUUUCACGUUUUCUACCCUGGUCCAGCUAGGAUAAGGCUGAGUCCCUCCUAGUUCUCCUGUCUGAUUUAAUUUCUUUUGUUUAGGGAUGGAAAAUACUCGUUCUGUGAUGGCUAUCUUGGGCAAGGGAUUCUCUGAGGCUGCAUUUACCAUUGCGUUCCUUUACACAGCUGAAUUGUACCCGACAGUCCUCAGGUAACCAACAAAUUACCAGGGAGGAAACCUGGAAUAGACAAUGAACAGUCUAAGUGCAUAUGUAUUAUAUUAUUAUACACUGACAGCCAAUAUAAUACAUUAUAUAGUAUACACACAUUAUUACACAUCGCUGUGUAUUAUAUUAUUAUACACUGACAGCCAAUACAUUAUAUAGUAUACACACAUUAUUACACAUCGCUGUGUAUUAUAUUAUUAUACACUGACAGCCAAUACAUUAUAUAGUAUACACACAUUAUUACACAUCGCUGUGUAUUAUAUUAUUAUACACUGACAGCCAAUACAUUAUAUAGUAUACACACAUUAUUACACAUCGCUGUGUAUUAUAUUAUUAUACACUGACAGCCAAUACAAUACAUUAUAUAGUAUACACACAUUACACACCGCUGUGUAUUAUAUUAUUAUACACUGACAGCCAAUACAAUACAUUAUAUAUUAUACACACAUUACACACUGCUGUGUAUUAUAUUAUUAUACACUGACAGCCAAUACAUUAUAUAGUAUACACACAUUAUUACACACCGCUGUGUAUUAUAUUAUUAUACACUGACAGACAUUAUAUAGUAUACACACAUUAUACAAUACAUUAUACACUGACAGUAUAGAGAAAAAUCUAUUCAUACUUACCGUAAUUUUCUUUUCUUGGUCAUAGGCCAUGGCAGCACAACAAUGGGUAGCUCCUCCCCUAUCCCUAAUUAGACAGGAACUAAUUAAAAUAAAGGUACAAAUACCCCCUCCUACCUCCUCCUCCCUCAGUCUAGUUAACAGUAAAAUCCCUGGGUGGGAUCUUUGUGCUACCAUAGCCUAUGACCAGGAAAAGAAAAUUACGGUAAGUAUGAGUAGAUUUUUCUCUUUCCUGGCAGCACAACAAUGGGUAAUACCCAAGCUAAAACCAAGGGAUGGAAAAAGAAAAACUCAGACAGAUUAAUAUAUAAUGCAAGUGUAUUAUCACAAUCAACAACAUGUGACGAACCAUAUAAGAGAAUAAAUCAAUCGUUUGAAGCAGAAAGAACCGAUCUGUCAAACUCAUCGUAUUGACCAGCUCUUACGUCUAAACGAUAAUGUCUGAUAAAUGUAUUAGAAGAUGACCAAGUGGCUGCUUUGCAAAUCAGUUCUGUAGAAACCUUUGCUGCAGCUGCCCAGGAUGAAGAGAGAGAACGUGUAGAGUGUGCUUUCAAACCUUCAGGAAUACUUGUUUUAGAUGCUCGAUAAGAUUGGAUAAUAGCCAAAACUAUCCAUCUACUGAGAGUGGCUUUCGAAGCUUGGAGACCCUUCCUAGGGCCGUUAGGAAUAACAAAAAGCCUUUCAGAACUACACCAUUCUGAGGAUCUUUGUAUAUAUAUCUUAAGACACCUCACUAAGUCGAUAGCUUUCCAAUCAGUGCUGUAACGGAUCACCUGGCACCCCGACUGGGUACCUCCGUUGAAGGAUGCUCCUAGCGCUUCCUGAGGACUCCAAGCACUGCAGCAGACACCACAACCAGUGCUUCCACUGGGGGGCUUGGGACAUAGUCCGGCUCAGUAGCCAGGGGAAUGUGGGGGUCAGUGGGGGUUAACAUCUUCUCUGUUAACCCUGGGGCCAAGUUAGGAGAUAGCUGGGGAGGGGAAAUCGUACUUACCUCCUGUUGUUCCUGUGAGAGUAGUUGGGGAUCUGGACAGGCUGUCCAACAUCCCUGUGGGUCAGGCACAGAGACCACGGUCCCAUCUGCGCCAUCUAGAAGAUUGGUUUCUCCCCUUGGUAGGGUAAGCUGCCGCUGGGGAGGGAGACCGACUGUCUCCACUCCCGUAACAUUGUCCUGCUGCUGCGGAGAGAGACCAACUUUCUCUGCCCCCUGUAGAACACACUGCUGCUGGGGGGGAAUGACAACACCUUUGGCCCCCUGGAAUUCACACUGCCGCUGGGGAGGAAGGGCGACACCUUCGGCUCCCUGGAACUCACACUGCCGCUGGGGAGGAAGGACGACACCUUCGGCUCCCUUGAACUCACACUGCCGCUGGGGAGGAAGGACGACACUUUCGGCUCCCUGUAACUCGCACUGUCGCUGGGAAGGAGGGACGACACCUUCUGCUCCCUGGGACCCACACUGCCGCUGGGGAGGAAGGACGACACCUUCGGCUCCCUGUAACUCACACUGCCGCUGGGGAGGAAGGACAACACCUUCGGCUCCCGGGGACUCGCACUGCCGCUGGGGAGGAAGGGCGACACCUUUGGCUCCCUGGAACUCACACUGCUGCUGGGGAGGAAGGACGACACCUUCGGCUCCCUGGAACUCACACUGCCGCUGGGGAGGAAGGACUACACCUUCGGCUCCCGGGGACUCGCACUGCCGCUGGGGAGGAAGGGCGGCACCUUCAGCUCCCUGGAACUCACACUGCCGCCGGGGAGGAAGGACCACACCUUCGGCUCCUUGGAACUCACACUGCCACUGGGGAGGAAGGACGACACCUUCAGCUCCCUCUAGGGCCGGUAGAGAGACCUCGGUCCCAUCUCUACCUGCCAUCUGGAGGUCAUCCGAGGACCAGUCAAUGAGGUCUGGUUCUGCUUGUCGGGUAGGUUGGGGCUGCACGAAGCUGAGCAGGUGUUGGUAGUCCUGCUCCAGCUCCAACUCCCUUGUUACCAGGUGGUCAACCCAGACAUACAUGCCCAUCCGGUAGUCGUAGAUGUCCCAAAACCUAGACCCCUCCAUGCUGCCAAGAUCAAUGUCGUCCUCCAAGGCAUCCCAUAAUAACCCUGGGCCAUCAUAAUCAUCCCCCUCCGGUAAGUCGUGCUCGGCCGUCCAGGGGGUAAGUCGAAUUGUAUGCCACAGAGGGCCUGGUAUGCGUUGUCUAGCCAGAUCUCUCGCCAUACCAGGGUCUCAAGUCUUGUCACCCACUCAUCCAGGGGCUACUCUACCAAUAGAUACAUCCGCAUCGCCACACGCUUCUGUAGCUGCUGCUCAUCACUGGUGAGACUCUCACCUCGCCGCCAUUGGGCAUCUUCCAGGGCAUCAUACCAGAGUUCCUUUCUGUCUGCAUCCCACCGCUGCCACCACUGUAACAGAUCACCUGGCACCCCGACUGGGUACCUCCGUUGAAGGAUGCUCCUAGCGCUUCCUGAGGACUCCUGAAGACACCACAACCACCGCAGACUCCGCAACCGCUGUAGCUUGACUGGAGUCUCGCCAUCUUCCUUCCACCCUGUAUCAGCUUCUGUCCUCCAGGACCGUGUGGGAAAGACCUCUUCCUUCCACCCUGUAUGAACCUCCAGCAUCCAGGACUGUGUGGUGAAGACCUCUCCUCCGAGGAGAGCGUGUCAGGAACAAGCUCUUAAAAGAGCUAAGUGAUUCAAUCUCAGGGGAGUAUGCAGAGCAUAGCAAUCCCCAGUGUGAUUAUAACAGCUCUCUCCAAUAACAAGACAAGGCUACGUUUAGAGGGAUCAAGAAGAACUGUCUAAACCUUUAUUUCCCUUGGGACCAGCCCAUAGGGACACCACAAUAACAUGUUGUGAAACCUCAAUAUAAUCACAAACAGUCAAACCAUAGCAGGCAACAUACAGUGACUUAUCACAACACAAUGGCACAUUUUUAAAGGGGUGGGGGAGACAAUAUUUAACAGUAAAUAUCUCACCUGCCUGCAGAAUUAGCAAUAUGCAAAUCUACCCGAAUAUGCAAAUGAACCAGUCUUGCAAUUCAGGUAGUGCAUAUUGCUGUUGCUACCAACAGAGGGCACUAGACAAGCUCCAUAGCCAAACCCACCUAGUUGGUAGCAAACCUCAGCAGUACAGGAGAGCAGGCAAUACAUUUCACAGUACACACACACACACUAUAAACAAUUACAUUACACACACCCUGCACCUAUAAUGGGUACAGGGUGACUAAAACAUAAGAUAAAUAAAGCAGCCUACAUAAAUAGUCUGUCUGAAGGUAGACUAGGGGCUUUAAAGCCAAAUACAUGAAAGAGUCAUAGUCACAGGGGAGGAGGCUGGCAAGCAGGCCUCUCCAGGACCAAGUGGUGAAGGGCACUUCAUCACAAGCGUCUUCUCCGUUAUUUGUUUCUUCUGAACUUAAUGCUGGAAGAACUAUUUCUUCAUUUAUAUGGAACUCCGAAGUCACCUUAGGGCAGAAUUCUGGAACAGUUCUUAGGAUGACUCUGUCCUUAUGAAAUAUAGUAAAAGGUUCUUGAGCCGAAAGAGCCUGAAGAUCAGACACCCUUCUACCAUAUGCUAGGGCUACCAAUAGAACUGUCUUGAUCGUGAGAAGAUGACAGGAAAUUGAUUCCAAUGGUUCAAAAGGAUCUGAUUUAAGAGCCUUAAGGACCAGAGGGAGAUCCCAUGGAGGAGUAAUAGACUUAAUGGGGGGCUUGAUUUUUAAGACUGCAGUCAGAAAUCUUGCUAUGUCCGAGUCCAAUGCCCAUUUAUGAUUGGUUAAAGCAGAGAGGGCUGAAAUAUGGACUUUCAAAGUAUUAUAACUUAAUCCUUUCUCCAGGCCAGAUUGUAGAAAAUCAAGAAUAUCAGUGGUUGAAGGAUUCCGAAUAUCCAAAGGUCUUGAACUGGCCCAUGAAGAGAAUACAUCCCAGAUUCUGUAAUAAGUGGAUGAAGUGGAUUUCUUCCUUGCUUGAAGAAGUGUCUCAAUUACUGAUCUUGAAAACCCCUUGUUCUUUAACCCCUCCCUUUCAAGUACCAUGCCAUCAGAUGAAGGGAUGCUGCGUUUGGGUGAAGAAUUGGACCCUGUUGUAGCAGAAAUGGAACAGCUGGAAGACGCCACGGGUCUCUCUUGCAUAGACUUAGUAGGAGUGGAAACCAAGGUCUGCAUGGCCAAAAAGGGGCUAUCAGAAUCAGUGAUGCCUUCUCUUGUCGCAGUCUCCUCAGUAGAGGGAAGAUGAGAAGAUUCGGAGGAAAGGCAUAUGCCAGGUCGAAGUCCCAAAUGCAUGUCAAUGCAUCCCUUCCUAUGGCUUGGGGAUCUGGAAUUCUUGAGAAGAAAUUCUUUACCUUCCUGUUGUUGCUUGUUGCCAUCAGAUCUAUUUGUGGAAGACCCCAUUUUUGUGCAAUCUGUAGGAAUAUUUUGUUUGAUAGACUCCAUUCCCCUGGGUCUAAUCUUACCAUGCUGAGAAAGUCUGCUACUGAAUUCUGUGUUCCUGGGAGAUGUAUUGCAGAGAUGCUCUCCAAAUUUAUUUGUGCCCAGGACAUCAGAGGUUUCAUUAUUUUCAUCAUUCUGCAACUCCUUGUCCCUCCUUGAUGAUUUAUAUAUGCGACCACCGUGGCAUUGUCUGUCCUGAUUUUGACCCACUUGUGGAGUAGAAGUUGUUGCAAGUGCUUCAGAGCCUUGAAAACUGCCAGAAGCUCUAGGAGAUUCGAAGGAGUGUUGGAAGUAAAAAAUGACCACUUCCCUUGGACAUAGUUGUCCUGAAGAUGGGCUCCCCAACCCCAUUGACUGGCAUCUGUGGUGAUAAUGGUCCAUGGGACAUUUCCUAAGGGAAAACCUCUGAAGAGAAACUCCUUCUGAGUCCACCACUUCAGGGAUUUUUGUACGUGAGAAGGGAUACUUAUAGGCUGAGACAGAUUCCCCCCUUUGAAUUGAUAAAGGAAAUUUCUUUGAAAGGGUCUCAUCCUCCAUUGGGCCCAUCUUGUUAGUCCUAUGGUGGGGGACAUUGAUCCCAGGAGGCUCAUAACUUUCUCUGCCGAGGAAACACUGAAUGCCAACAUGUCUUUGACCUUUCUCUGAAUUUUCAUACCCCUUUCUGGGGACAGUUGAACUAAACCUUUUGCAGUGUUGAAUGAUGCUCCUAGGUAUAUCAUGCACUGAGAUGGGUUCAGGUUGCUUUUGGAGAUAUUGAUCUUCCAACCGUGUUGCUGAAGAAACUGCAUACAUACUAGGCCAUGAUUUUCUAGGAUAUCUCUGCUUUCUGCCAGAAUCAAGAUGUUGUCUUGGUAAUGAUAUAUUGCGAUGCCUUUCUUCCUGAGUUCUGCAAUUAGAGCCACCAGAACUUUUGAGAAAGUAUGUGGAGCAGUGCUUAGGCCAAAAGGGAGAGCACGGAACUGAAAGUGACCCUCUUCCACAGCGAAUCUGAGGAAUUUUUGAUGCUGAGGUGCUAUGGGAAUAUGGAAAUACGCAUCUGCAAGGUCUAUUGACAUGAGCCACUGUUCUGGAAAAACUGCUUUCACAAUGGUUUGAAGGGACUCCAUCUUGAAUUUUCUUAUGUUUAAGAACUUGUUUAACCUGCUUAGGUCUAAUAUUGGUCUCCAACCCCCUGUGGAUUUUCUGGUGAGAAAAAUAUGGGAGUAAAACCCAUGUGUCUGUUGAGCCCGUGGAACUUGAAUGAUAACUCCAUCUUCUUGAAGGGAUGAGAUAAACUUUUUUAGGGUGUUUCUUUUUUCUAUAUCUCUUGGCCAGUUUGUCUUUUGGAAGGAGCGAGGCGGCGGUAUUCUGGAGAACUCUAUGAGAUAACCUCUUUGUAUUAUAUCCAGCACCCAUCUGUCUUGAGUUGAAUGUUUCCAUAUAUUUUGGAAUAGUAGUAGACGGGCACCUACUCCUCCAGAUUGGGAAGUGAAUUUGUCAUAAAGGCUUCUUGUGUUGGAAGAAUGUCCUCCUCUCCAUGGAAUAGAUCUUCCGUAUUCUCUUCCAGGUUUAUAUGAUCUGGUAUCUUGAAAGGGGGGGUAUUCAGAGUAUCUUCUGGCUCGAAAGGAUCCACGGGUUUUCCGGUCUUGUGGGAGAAAAGCUCUUUCCCUUCUGCAGCUCUUUUGAUACACUCGUCAAGAUUUUUCCCAAACAGCAUCUCACCAUGAAAAGGAAGGGCACAUAGACUAGACUUUGAUGAUGAGUCUGCGGACCAAGAUCUCAGCCGCAAAGCUCUUCUAGCUGAUACUGAGAGAGCCAUGUUUCUUGCUAGAGCUUUCACCAUAUCCACCGAGGAUUCUGGGGUAAAGUCAACGGCCAGUUUAAUAUCAUCUCUGAUAUCUUCUUCCAAAUUCUCGAUCCAGAUUUUCAAGGCCCUGGAAACCGAUGUAAGGGCUAUUGCAGGGUGAAAACCAGUACCUGCUGCUACAUAAGCUUUUGAAAGAUGUAAGUCCAUCUUCUUGUCCAUUGGGUGUCUAAAUGAGCCUGCAUCAUCAACUGGUAAUGUCUAGUCUAACUACUGCAGCAUCCACUUUAGGGGCGUUAUCCCAAUGGUAUGAAUCAGAUUUGUCAAAAGGAUAGAGGCGAGAGAUUCUGCCUUGUGCUGAAAUCUUUUUGUCAGUAUUGGACCAUUCGUCCUUAAUUAAUUCCUUGAUAGUAUCAUGUACUGGAAAGGUUGCUCUUUUCUUUCUCAAGUCUGAGAAGUAACGAUAGGAAGUUGACUGCUCUGUAACUGCUACUUUCAAACUCAGAGAUUUACGGACUUUAUAAAUAAGAUGAUCUAUUUGAGCAGGUUCUAGAAAAUCUGGAGGAGCCUGAGUUUCUUCUUCUGAAGAUAAGAAAUUUCGUUGGUAUGACUCCAUAUCCAUGGACUCGUCUGAUGAAUCGUUUUGUUGGUAAUCUGAAGGGUCAUGUAACCGGGGUCUUUUGGGUCUUGUACCUGCUUCUUUAAUGCCCUGAGUCACCGCUUGUUUUAUGAACUGCAUAAACUCAGUUGAAGGAUUAGAUGUUCCGGCUGCUUCAGAUAAACAUUCUGCACAUAAUCGUUUGCCUUCCAGCGGUUUAUUAUUACAGGCAUCGCAUUGAUUCUUUUUUUGUGAUUUUCCUUUGGAUGAUCUCACCGUUUUCUUUCCCGUAGAACUAUCAUGACAGGGAAAUAUCUCAUAUUAGCUCUCUUUUAUUUUAUGUAUUACACCUAUAAUAUCAGAAUGGAGAGAAAAUGAUAUGGCUUACCUAUAACUCUUAGAGUGGGACCUAUUUUUAUAUCCAGAAGAGUCUGAACCAGAAGAGAUUGAUCUCCUUUUUCUUUCUCCAUAUUGGUAUUGUUUUUGAAUGGUCUAGCUAAAAGGAAUUAUUAUUAUUGAAUAAAAAAGAAGAAAGAAAGAUAGAAUAAAAAAAAUGUGUAUAUACCUCUGAGGAUGCAAAACCUACCUUCAGAUAAACUUGAAAUUUUCAGAAGCUUUUCAAAUUUGGAUUCUGAAAUGAAGCAGGUCCUUUGAGACCUAAUGAAGUGAUCAGGCAAUGUUUUAAUUCAAUUUUGGCGCUUAAAUAGGCGAAUGACGUCAUAUCUGACAUCACCGCCUAUCCGCGCAUGCUCCGAACGAGUAAAACCACCAAUUGUUAUAUGCGCAUUUGCGCAAAAGGAACUUCAGGACACCGGAAAGGCAUGGAGAUAUUAAUAUUAAUAAAAGACAGAACCAUGAAUGAAAAGAGGUAUCUAGAAAAACUGUUUAGGCAGGAGGGGGAACCCACAUAUAUAAGUAUACCAAAUACAGUAUAUAUGAAAAAAGUAUUUAUGUGUAUACAUACAUGUGGGCUGUCAAUAUGGAGAAAUAUACUGAUCCAUCCAGGAUAAAGUCUUCUCGCCACUUCCUGCUACCUCUUGGUCACUGCAGGGAAUAAGAGUUAUUGCCAAUUUUUUCUCUUGCUACCCCUAGGGUCACUGCAAGUAAACCCCCGGUCACUAAGGGGGUAUCUUCAGGGGGACACCUUUGCACAGGGCCGGAUACUGAAGCUUCCAAAGGAAGAGAGGCUGAACUCCUUUGAGGGCAGAAGGUAAAAACUCUCAAGGAAAGCCAUAAAAAAAAAAGUGAUUAUAGUACUGAAAUAGACUGAUUUGGUCCUAUAGGGAUAGGACAGGAACAAAAAGACUGAGGGAGGAGGAGGUAGGAGGGGGUAUUUGUACCUUUAUUUUAAUUAGUUCCUGUCUAAUUAGGGAUAGGGGAGGAGCUACCCAUUUUUGUGCUGCCAUGGAUAUGGCCAGGAAACACACAUUACACACCGCUGUGUAUUAUAUUAUUAUACACUGACAGCCAAUACAAUACAUUAUAUAUUAUACACACAUUAUUACACACUGCUGUGUAUUAUAUUAUUAUACACUGACAGCCAAUACAAUACAUUAUAUAUUAUACAAGAAUUACAACACUUCUAUCUAUCUAUCUAUCUAUCUAUCUAUCUAUCUAUCUAUCUAUCUAUCUAUCUAUCUAUCCAGUAUCUAUCUAUCUAUCUAUCUAUCUAUCUAUCUAUCUAUCCAGUAUCUAUCUAUCUAUCUAGAUAUCUAUCUAAUCUAAUCUCUCUCUGUGUUUAUCUAUCUAGUAUCUAUCUAUAUGUCUAUCUAUCUAUCUAUCUAUCUAUCUAUCUAUCUAUCUAUCUAUCUGUCUGUCUGUCUAUCUAUCUAUCUACUUUGUUCCUUGGCAUCUAUCUCUUUGCCUCUAUUUAGGGAGAAUGGUUACAGUUCACCUAACAGGACAUUGCCUCUCCUACACCUUCUUUAAGAAUAGUUCUCUGUUAAUUUUCUUUUAUUAGGUAGGACACGUUUCAUUUUCCCUGGUUUAAUUGUUUCGUGCAGAUUUGGGUGGGUGGGUGGGUGGGGGACUCCAUCUUGUGAGUCACUCCUAACCCCCUUACUCCUUGUCUCCUCAAACAGGGUGACCUGCCCCCUACCCAUAAUGCACUACUGUCUGAGACCAGGUAAUAUCUGGAGUUUUAAUGACAAUGCUCAGAAUAUUCCAUAAACUCAGCAGGUGUAUGUAGUUCAGUAAUUGGCAGUAGUUUCAUUCAUUAAUAGUCAUGAAUAAAACAGUUUCUUGAGCUGCGUACUCCACUCACGUUUAUAACUGAAUGGAACUAGGUGUAAACAUAACAAAUGCUCUCCCGAAGAGACGUCGGACGAGGCAGGGAACAGCAUAAUGUUAUGAUUACCAGAAAGACAGAAACAUCCUACAAUUGAGAGGGCAUAGCAUGUUCUGAUACAUGAAGUGUACGUAUUAAAGGAUCAUAUCAUCUUACCUUGCUUGUAUUGUGUAGGAUUUCUAACCUUGAUUGAAUAAUAUUGUCUGCCAACACUGUGAUUUAAUUAUUGGCUUUUGAAAAAAUUAUUUAUAGAGCGUCCAAAGACUUCAAACUCUCCUAAAAGUGCCGUUGUUCUUUCUCGCCUUGACUACUGCAAUCCCCUUCUCAGUGGUUUUACGUGUUCCCAGAUUGCACCGCUGCACUCUAUUAUGAAUGCGGAGGCGAGGCUCAUUUUCCUGUCCGCCUGCACCUCCCACGCCUCCCCCUUCUGUCAGUCCCUACAAUGGCUUCCAGUUAGAUAUAGGGCUCAAUUUAAGAUUCUGGUGCUUGCUUACAAGUCCCCAAAAACAUAGAAGACCCCCAUAAAACAUACAUUUCCUGAUAGCUCCAUUCUGGGGAAACAACAUACUUAAAAAUCACCCAGAUCGGUUCAGGGGUUCAGAAGUUAGCUGGAUGUCACAUUUCUGCCCAGCCGCCUACUACCGCCCAGAAUAGUUCCAUAAGUUCAGCUGGGUCAGCCGGUCUAUUUCAGGGGUAGGGAAACACAUUAAAAUAACGAAAGGACCGUUCGUGUCUAUGAUUCUCCAGUGUCUCUUGUUUGUCUGCUUUAAUAUACCGAACGCCGCUGCGUUCGUAUGAAAAAGAAAGGAAUCACUGGAAGUCUCAGCUGUGUUCAUUCAAGCAAGUGCCUGAAAACAGUUCCAUGCGCUCGACGACAAAACACAGCUGGCCGUUCGACAGUUUAAGAUGGCUGCCGCCACGUGUUCGUGUGUACGAACGAUGACCUCCCAGCCGUUCGUCAAUUAAGCUGCGGUUAACCACAGCUUCUGGGAGGUUAAUAGGCUGCACACUCCACUUGCAGGUGGUCCGGCUGUUCGUCAGUUUGUUCAGUAAACGAACACCAUAAGCCUAAUCCGUUCGACAAGCCCCAUAUACUGCCCCAUAGCAGGGAAAAAGGCACUGGCCCAAAAACCAGUGGUGAGGUCAUUUUCACCACAACGAUUGGUAUAUGCAUGGUGCACCAUUGGUAUAUGCAUGGCUCACAACUGGUAUAUGCAUGGGGAACGAUUGUUAUAUGGUAUAUGCAUGGGGAACGAUUGUUAUAUGCAUGGGGCACAAUUGGUACAUGCAUGGUACAUGAUUGGUAUAGCUUCCUAUUGAGGUUAUAGCUGGUGACAGAGCCAAGGACUCUAAUAAUAUACAAAUAAACCAAGAAAAGAAAUACAGAGAACACUGAGAAUGAACAAUAAGAAUAUUAGUAACUUGCCUUAUGGUCGGUUACCACUGAUGAUAUGGUAUUAAUCAGAUUGAUAUCUUUUGGGUGAUAUGGUGUUAAUCAGGUCGAUAUCCUGUGGGUGAUAUAGUACUAAUCAGUUUAAUAUCCCGUGGUCGAUAUGGUAUUAAUCGGGUCGAUAUCCUGCAGGUGAUAUGAUAUUAAUUAGGUUGAUAUUCCGUGGGUGAUAUUGUUUUAAUUGGGUUGAUAUCCUGUGGGUGAUAUCGUACUAAUCAGUUUGAUAUCUUGUGGGUGAUAUCGUAUUAAUCAAUUGAUAUUCCGUGGGUGAUAUCGUACUAAUCAAUUGAUAUUCCGUGGGUGAUAUUGUUUUAAUCGGGUUGAUAUCCUGUGGGUGAUAUCGUGUUAAUCAAUUGAUAUUCCGUGGGUGAUAUCGUAUUGAUCAAUUGAUAUUCCGUGGGUGAUAUCGUACUAAUCAAUUGAUAUUCCGUGGGUGAUAUCGUAUUAAUCAAUGUAUAUUCCGUGGGUGAUAUCGUAUUAAUCAAUUGAUAUUCCGUGGGUGAUAUUGUUUUAAUCGGGUUGAUAUCCUGUGGGUGAUAUCGUGCUAAUCAAUUGAUAUUCCGUGGGUGAUAUCGUAUUGAUCAAUUGAUAUUCCGUGGGUGAUAUCGUACUAAUCAGUUUGAUAUCUUGUGGGUGAUAUGAUGAUUUUUGGUUUUCUCUCUGCAGGCAGACUGGACUUGGUUUCUGUUCCUUUAUGACGCGUCUGGGAAGCUCUUUGGCGCCUCUGGUGAUCCUGCUGGAAGAUGUUUGGGUAUUUUUGCCCCACAUUAUAUUUAGCUGUAUGUCUCUAAUCUCUGGGGCUGCGGCAUUCUUACUGAACGAGACUUCACAAGUCCAGUUGCCCGAGACGAUUCAGGAUAUAGAAAUGGACAGGUUAGUUAUGCCAUUUAAUAACUCUGGAAUUACCUUACCAAUUUCCUGAAAACUAAAUAUUUUCUCUUGUAAAUAUUAACUUAAUGUUCCAAGUUGCCAUUCGCUCUGUUAACCCCUUAAGGACAGUGGGCGUUCUACGCCGUCCUUUUUUAGGCGGUCCUAAACGCCAGCGGGCGGCAUACCUGCCAUCCUUCAUCCUUGCAGAUCAGGAACCCCCGGAGUCCUCGCGAUCACAUGGCUGAAAUAACCGGCUUUUGCAGUGCCUGCAGGGAGACUGUCAGAACUAUCAGGCAGUCCCCCUCGUGCCUGUACAAAAAAAAAAAAGUUAAAUAAAGUUAUAAAACUGUUUUUAAAUUAAAUAAAAAGUACUUGGAUCAUACAUAUAUGAUAUAAGUACUUUUAUAUACACAUACACACAUAAUUAAUAAAAGUGUAUUUUAAUAUUAAUAUAUAAUUAUAUAUAUUAAUAUUAAAAUGACGUUUUAUAUAUAUAAAAUAAAAAUAAUCAAUAAAUAAAUUGAAUUUUUUUUACAAAAUUUAUUUAAAAAAAUAAAAAAUUAUAUACCUGUUUAAAUUCGUUCUAACUCUAUUUUGAUAUUAAUAUAUACAUAUGUUCAAAUCAAAAUACAUUUAGAAUGACGUUAUAAAAACAUAUAUGUAUCUGGAAGUUUUUGUGUUUAAUUUUGGAGUGCUUUAAUGAUAUAAGGUUUUUUCGGUUUUUUUCUCUACUUAGAGUUGGUAUGAAUUGAUUUUGCUGCUAACACACUCAAUGUGUUGGACCCCAGACACACAGAGCAAGAUCAAAAGGAAAUAUAUCAGUGAGUGGAGCAGUAUAAUACAAUGAACGUUUAGGUGAUAAACCCAAACCUGACAAAGAUAUAUUAUAAAUAAAAAUAAAAAUUGUUAUAGUAAUACUCAAUGGUCAGUAGAUGGCCCCAGAUCAGCUCACAACACAUAUGGAGAAAAAAAUAAAUAAUAGUGCCGACUGCUUUCAAUAAGCACUAGUAUUGACAAGAUUUGUAAAUAUAACCAGAUUCCCACUAAAUUACCUAAGAUAAUUAGGUUAAGGAUAUCAAAUAAUAGUUAAAUAUUGAGAAGGCUCAGUUAUAACAAUAAAGGGCAAAUAAAUGUAUUAAAAGAAGUCCUCAUGGAUAAAAGAAGAAAAAGAUAAACAAACUGUCUCUUACAAAAGAGCAUGGUGAGUAGGCUCGCAAUACGCCAUUACUCACUGCCAAGCUAAGUCAAGGUACAUCCGGUGGUAGCUCUGGAGACCCUGGCUGUAGAUGGUUGAGAUGUCUAGGGAUUUUCCUGUAGCUCAAUCAGCGUAAGCUUGCUUCUCAGCUCCUGCAGUCUCUGCCCUCACCUCUGACGUCAACGCGUUUCUCCAGUUUGACUGGCUUCCUCAGGACAUGAUGCUGUCCACGCCAUCUUCAAGUAGGGUAUUUGAUGGCAAAAUCCUUGUUGCUGAUUGGUGCAGAAAGUAAGUCUUAUUUGCAUGUUUGUACAAGAUCUCGUUUGAUCUUGCGUGGCAUUAGAGUCAUCAUUUGUGAAAGUCUUUGUGUGUCACAAUAUUAAUCAACAUUUAAAAUGGACAUUUAGGCAAAUAAUGCAAAUUUAAAAAACAAAGCAUACACAUGUGAAUUUAAAUACCUAUUGCAAAAGGAGAGAAAAAUAGUGUGCAUUAUGAUCUUUAAAACGGAAUGAGUUGAUUGUAACAGAUAUUUAUUCAAACAUGUAUCAUAUUAAAAUGAAAUGGUGCUUAUUUGGAGAUUAAACUUGUGCUUUUGUCAGGAAAAAUAGGUGUUAUAGAAAGAGUGCAGAAUCACCCGGUUGAGGUGCCAGGCGGUCCGUCACAGAGACAAAAUGCCCAGAUUCCCACUUCCCGAUCCUCUGAACCUCGUGUGCUGGUAUGCCCAUCCUAGAAGCCUCCAUGGCAGUGCCAAUCUGAAUGAAAUGCCCACAAUAUUCCUUGUUGUCAAUCCCCAGGACCACCAGCCCUGAGCGAAGGACACAGGGAAAUUGGAAAUGAGAAAGAAAGCUCCCAUCCGCAUAAUCUAAAAGAGGAAUACUGGGCGCAGCUCAGUACUCGAGUGUCGAAUUUUAAAUGAGAUAUGAUCUGCAGAGCACUGAACAUCGGCAAACAACACCCCACCACUGCAUCGCCUUCAAUGGAUCACCAAUUUCCCAAUGAGCAUGACCCCAAAGAAUGCCAGGGAAUAGGCCAAAGCAAAUAGACGGGCCUCAAAACUGAGUAACAGACCAGAGGGGGCACCCCACACAAUAUUGUCAGGAGCACAGCGUAGAUCGACCUUCCGCGUCUGCGGAAGCAACACACCACCCCAAGCCUUUUAGCGCCUGGCACACUACGAAUGCCUUGGCAGAAUCUUCCCACCCAUGUAGCUGGAACAGGAAGCUAAGACCCGCAAAAUGUGAGGAGAUUGCAAAGGGGGACGUACCCCCGGACUCCCGGCGACCCAAGAGCCGCAAAAGCCAUGAGAGGCGGGCAGUCAAGUCACCAAAAACACACGGAGAAUGCUCCCACCUGUCCAUUUGCACCACACUUUACUGUAUUGGGUACACAAGGCCCGGGAGACUGACCCACGGACCAAAUCCCUCAAUCUGCCAGACCAAGUGACCACAUCUCCACCGGGCAUGGAGGCCCUUCCAGAUCCGCCCGCAGGGAGACCGCCCAAAAAUCCCGACCAUUGCGAAUGAGAGAGAGUAUCUGCUAUUACAAUGUGAACGCCAGGCAUAUGCUCUGCCCUACAAGACACAUUAAGCCAACUGCUGGAGGGGAGGAGGCUGUCAGAUGAUUGACAGCUUGUACCAGACCCAGAUUGUUGCAGUGAAAAACAAACCAUUCCGCCAUCGCGCUCCGGCUGUCUUGGCUGCGCCGGUUGUCUCCUUGCGCCUCCAGCCUGCUGUCCAUUGCCGAGGGGCGAGCUGGAGACUUUGGGGGGAGCAGGCCGCAUGUCGGGAGGGGCAAACACGGCCACGUGGGCCUGGUGGUGCCUCAGGCCAGAGCUCCGGCUUUGAUAACGGGGCCGAGGUGCUGCAUCCUGAUUCAGGCAAGCAAGUGGGCGGGAAUUCCGGCCCGUGCUCGUGCGGCCUACAUGGGCUGCAGCCACAUGGGAGGCCCCAGCAGAUGCCUGGCCAUGAGGGAUGACCACACUGGCAGCCAAACCAGGCUGGAGGUGAGCAAAUUGCCCAUGGAGGUGCUUGCAUCCACAUCCAUCCUCAAGCAGAACAUUUCCAAAGACCCAGGACAAACAGGAGCAACAGAGUCAGGGUAAGUUGUUUGCUGGCCCAUCUCCCAAGUGGCACUGAGGUAAGAUCAUCCAUACACCACUCCCAAACACAUAACCACUCCCAUAUACACAUACAGCCAAUCACAAGCAUCUAUCUCCACACUCAUACAUGUGCCCUUGUCCGCUUAGCUGUGCUAUCUCCCCAGGGCCUUGUUUUAAACACCAUGAUUCCUAAUGGUCUCAAUAAUGAUUUUAAAAUCUGAAAUUUUUUAAACAUAAUUUUAAUUCUAUUCUAUUUUAUUACUAUUUUUUUAUUUAACAUAGUGUCCUCUGUUUACUUUUAACAGAUGUCCACCCCUAUUUUUUAUAUAUUUUAUGCACUCUUGAUUGUAUGAACAUGUAAAAAUCUGCACUCUUUCUAUAACACCUAUUUUUCCUGACAAAAGCACAAGUUUAAUCUCCAAAUAAGCACCAUUUCAUUUUAAUAUGAUACAUGUUUGAAUAAAUAUCUGUUACAAUCAACUCAUUCCGUUUUAAAGAUCAUAAUGCACACUAUUUUUCUCUCCUUUUGCAAUAGGUAUUUAAAUUCACAUGUGUAUGCUUUGUUUUUUAAAUUUGCAUUAUUUGCCUAAAUGUCCAUUUUAAAUGUUGAUUAAUAUUGUGACACACAAAGACUUUCACAAAUGAUGACUCUAAUGCCACGCAAGAUCAAACGAGAUCUUGUACAAACAUGCAAAUAAGACUUACUUUCUGCACCAAUCAGCAACAAGGAUUUUGCCAUCAAAUACCCUACUUGAAGAUGGCGUGGACAGCAUCAUGUCCUGAGGAAGCCAGUCAAACUGGAGAAACGCGUUGACGUCAGAGGUGAGGGCAGAGACUGCAGGAGCUGAGAAGCAAGCUUACGCUGAUUGAGCUACAGGAAAAUCCCUAGACAUCUCAACCAUCUACAGCCAGGGUCUCCAGAGCUACCACCGGAUGUACCUUGACUUAGCUUGGCAGUGAGUAAUGGCGUAUUGCGAGCCUACUCACCAUGCUCUUUUGUAAGAGACAGUUUGUUUAUCUUUUUCUUCUUUUAUCCACGAGGACUUCUUUUAAUACAUUUAUUUGCCCUUUAUUGUUAUAACUGAGCCUUCUCAAUAUUUAACUAUUAUUUGAUAUCCUUAACCUAAUUAUCUUAGGUAAUUUAGUGGGAAUCUGGUUAUAUUUACAAAUCUUGUCAAUACUAGUGCUUAUUGAAAGCAGUAGGCACUAUUAUUUAUUUUUUUCUCCAUAUGUGUUGUGAGCUGAUCUGGGGCCAUCUACUGACCAUUGAGUAUUACUAUAACAAUUUUUAUUUUUAUUUAUAAUAUAUCUUUGUCAGGUUUGGGUUUAUCACCUAAACGUUCAUUGUAUCAUAUUGCUCCACUCACUGAUAUAUUUCCUUUACAUAAAUUAAUAAAAAUUUAUUUUCUCACCCCUCCUAGGUGGUAUGUUUAUUCCUCAUUCUCGGGUCCUCUACCAGAUGCCUGGGAGUUUGAGGGUUCUGCGCAGUAUCUUAGCUGUUCCGAGAACUGUAUCUUCUGGACAGCGAUCUCAGAUGUCCCACCUGGAAUCUGUUAAAGCCACUGCUCCCAACUUGGGAGUCAGCCACGAGUGCUCCUAUCACAACUGGGACUACUACUGGCUUUACUUUCCACAUCCUUUCUAUGUCUUCUUUUAGUCCUUCGUAUUUGUCCUCCUUCUCAUGUUCCUUCUUCCUGAUGUUAUAGUCACUGGGUAUUGCCACAUCCACCACGACUGCAUUCUUUCGUUCCUUGUUUACCACCACAAUAUCUGGUUGGUUUGCCAGCACUUGCUUGUCUGUCUGGAUCCACGGGAUCUUAGCCCUGUCAUUCUCAACUACCCUUUGUGGUAUCUCCCAUCUGGACUUAGGCAGGUCCAGUCCAUAUUCUGUGCAGAUAUUUCGGUACACAAUACUAGCAACUUGGUUGUGUGUCUCCGUGUAUUCUGCUCCUGCUAACAUCUUGCAUCUGGCUACUAGGUGAUGGACUGUCUCAGAGGCCUCUUUGCACAGUCUGCAGCUUGGGUCUUGCCUGGUGUGGUAGACUCCAGCUUCUAUUGAUCUGGUGCUGAGUAUAUAUAUAGAAGGCUUGGCCUGUAAUUGUGGGAGGUACAUUAUUCCCUAUAUAAAGCGCAGUAAGCCCAGCUUACCUGUCAUCGACGUUUGAUCUACUUCCGGUUCAUGUGAUCCGGACGCGGCAGUGGCUGACAGCGAGAAAGUUACUCCAAAUCAAGUUCCGGCCGUUAUCGGGUGCCUAACCGCUCCACAAGGCUGUCUCCCCGGGUAAACAGUGAGUUGUCUCACGGGCGCAUCCAACGCCACUUGUACCACUAAAUAGGGAACCCCUUUGUCCCUCAGGCUCCCCGGCAACGAGCUAUAUACAAAUGGGCCCCCCCACAUACUCACAGGGUGCAUGGCGUAUAAAGGGUCCCCUUUGAUACUUGCCGCAUACUGGCUUCAUGGUACCGAUCAAACGCUUCAAUACACAAACCCCUAUACUUACGUGUGGGACUUGUUCAUGGUCAUCUUCCUAUUCUGGGCAGCAGUCGGCUAAUUCAUUCUUAGCACUGCUUUUCCCCGCAUAAAGGUUGGUUUUAACUUUUAGUAUGCCAAUUAGUCAGUAUGUAUGGCUAAAUGUCGCCACCUUGUGGCUUUAUUCAAUAUUGAUUGGUAACAUUCAUUAAAUGUACGGCUAACUUUCAUUUACUUUGCAAUUGUACUUUCAAUGCUCUGUUAGUUAAUUACAUACUUAUUCAGCAUUAGGAAUAUAAAUAUUCUGUUUAUAAAGUCUGCUAAUGCAUAAUCCUCCGUUUACCUUACACAUGCUGCCACAAUUCGUGCUAUUAAGCAUUUUGUGUUAAACAUUCGCCUACUCAGGGGAUUAUUAGGUGUCCAUUCACAUAAAUUCGGUUAAUUAACUCUUUUGUUACAUUUAUACAUUUCAUAACAGCAUUUCGGUUGUUUACACAAAACAUGGUACAAAGCUCCAUUCAUGCUAACUGGCAUUUUCGUGGGGUAUAGACAGUCGUUGGUUCAAGCUGGCAUUUAACUCAAAUAUUGCAGUAAUAAUUAAUCUCAGUUAAAUUAAGAUUCACAUGCUGUCAUUUUCAUUUUACUACGAUGGUUCCAUUUAGUUAAAACACAUAUAUUGUCAAUUAUAUGCUGAGUAGCCUGGUUGAUUUUGGCUUUGUCACCACCUUGUGGUUUGACAAGCUUGAGUGGCUAAAUUCAGUUAAUAGGCUUAUUAUAUGUGUGUGUAUAUAUAUAUUUAUAUGUAGGUUCUUUACUCUGUACCUUCAUUUGGGGUACUUUAAGUGUCAGUAAUUAACUACGAACAGUUAUUCACGGUCUCGUGCAUUUCUUGUUGCGAACUACACUGUUCAAUAUUGUUUAAAUGACAUUGCUUUAUAUGUUGUUUCUCCCCUCUGUUAUUUAUGACACAGCGUACAAACGGACCUUUUGGUUAAACGCAACUACUACAUUGUUAGAGUUUCUGCCUAUCACUCGCCAAAUCUUCUUAAUUAUUUUCCAGUUAGUAUAUAACCUUUUUGUUGGAGGGGCAAAUUUUCUACAGAUGCUCCCAGGGAUCAGGUUGUAAUCGAAUUUGUGACAUAUUUUAGGUUCAAGUAAGGAUUAUUCUAUCUACUUCUGUACACGUCAUACAAGCCAAUCAUCAGGUACGUUAACUGUUUAAACGCAAGCAGGGUCACAAGUAGGUUUGAGCUCUCGCCAAAUUAGGGAUCGUCCCAUAGGCCUCUUCGCCUAUAAGUCAAGUGGUCCCGCAAGGCAUACUGUCAGCCCUUCCUUUCAGAGGUUUGUGCCCAAUUGUCCCAAUACAUAGUUAUAGCCUUGCAUCAAGUCAUAGUUAGGGACUCACCCGUUAUGGCCAAUCAUUUUACAUUCUUUUACGUAUCACCGAGAGGCCAACACCCUGCCACCCACCUCAGUGGCACAAAGGCCCCACAAGCCAAAUCAUAGGUAGUGCCUCUGAUAGCCACUUGGCAAGUAGUCAGGGCUUCACCUGUCACCAACAUAAGCUAGUUAAUACAAUUUCACCAGUAGGCACUAUCCUAGUAAGCUGGGUCACUACUGUUGUAUACGGUAACAUACUAACCUUGUCCAUCUGCCUCACUUCCGUAGCAUGUCUAACGCUUCUACACAAGAAGAUGAUCUGUCGGUUGCCAGCACCCCACUCAGAUCAGGCUCGCAGAACAAGCGCAAUCCAUGCAUGAGACAAAGCUCCGUAUUCAGGGUCAGCAGGAAUCUGGUUUUAAUGUGGGCUACCUGCCCAGUAUUUAUGCAGGUCUCCCACCUGGUGGACACUCCCCGUGGGGACCAAAUGGGAGACUGUGACAAGGAUAUUACAAUGACCAAUCUGAGUGUUACACUCACUUGGAGUAUAAAAUCCAUUAUAGCAGAGUUUAUAAGAUUAAAUUACAUGCUUGCAAAUAUCAUUAAUAGGUUAACAUACCCUUCUGAACAUGUCAUCAUGUCAGCCUCUCUGUCAUUUUAAGAUGGAGCAGCGUCUGUCUCCAAGUCUCUCCUCUGUGUCUUAACAUUUAAAAGUACACCUAUUUAUACCUUAGGUGUCGUCAUUUUAGGUUACUGUAGUUCAAAUAUGAAAAAGUAACGCUUCUUUUACUUUAUUCAAUUUAGGACCUCCCUUAACUUGGCAAACAUACAAGGCCAUAACUAAAGGGUGUAUACGUCAUGGAAAUUUUCCUGACUUAGUUCAAGAUGGCAUCUUAAAGUCUGAAUAGGUUAUCUGUUGUUUAUACUAAGUCGUAAGUGUACAGUCGUGGGAGAUUCCCGGAUUUGGGGAAGUUCCAUUAACUUGGGGUUACCACAGUAUAUUGUGUACUGCAAGAGUCGUAGCAUAGCCUUGAAGCUUGUUUAUGCAUUAUUGUUAUUGUAAUUCGUCUGGGACAAAAUGGCGCAAACAUAUUAUGCACUGAGGUUAUUGCUUAAAGAAACAUCUAUGAGAAACAAUAUGUUCCAUUUCUUACACCUUGUCAGUUUGCAAUAUCUCUUAAAGACAAAGUACACAGUUUAAGAAAUACAACAUUUCAUUCUAAAACUUGUAAUAUUUGCAUUUGCCCGUAACACCCUCUCCAUUAAACUGUGGGCAUUGUAGCGUAUUUCUUCCUUAAAUUAGUAAACCAAAGUUCUCCAACUGUCUUUAGAUUUUUUAUGCUCCCAGCAUCUUAGAUCAUUGUUGUAACAGUAAAAUAUCCGUACUGUGAUAUUUGCCUGUAAAGGUGGUUGAUUAAAAUGAGCAAAGCUUUUGUCUAGGAAAGAAUUGAAAAGAACACCAGGUUCCAGAGUAAGAUAUUCUUGGAUGGAUCUGGAUACGAAUUGUAAUCCAAAGUGAAAAAUAGUAAUUGUAUUUGUAAUCCAAAGUCUUUAAAGGCCUGUAGAAGUUUACAUUCCUUAGAUACAUUCCUGGAGGUUGUGUUUGUAGAAUACCCGGGUAUUUGUUGUAGAGUAUAGGUUGUAGAGUCCAGCUUUCCAAAUAUUUGGCUAGAAUUGGUUGCGGAUAUUGAAUCAGCAUCAUCUGUUAUCACUGUGGUGAUGGCGUUGUUAUUUGUCUUUGCUUGUUUGCUUUUUCCAUGAAACAUUUUUACACAGUUUAUGAUGUGUAGAGAUUGGAUACUCUCCGAUAUUCUUUUACGGAAUAAAUUAAUUGACAGCAUUUCCAAGACAUUGUCUUAAGUGACAUGGAUCCCAUUACAGUAAAUGUUAUGUUGAUACAGCAAUCGAAGUGGAUUCUCAGGAACGCCUCUUUUUGCUGUAUUGGAAUCUUUGUAACAUCUCAGUGAUAGACAUCUCACUGACAUCAGGUGCUGUUGUGCUAAAAAUGUUAACAGGUAAAAUCUGUGGAAGAAUCUUCACAUUUGUUAUACUUUGUAUAAUAAUGAUAGAUGAAAUAGUAACAUAGUUAAUCUUUCUAGUGUUUUGUAUUAAAGAUAAACACCCUUGUAUAUGAUUUAGAGAUAUAGGGAUAAUUUGAAGCAGAAAAGUAUUUACCACCUUUGUUCACAAUGGUAUGUAAAAUUACAUUCUCUUUAAAUGUUAAAAAUACUCCUUUAUGCAAAAUCUCUCAAUAUAUUUAGAAAUAUGACGUUAAUUAUCUUUCUUUUGACCUGUUAGGGAGAAGACAACUUAUUCCCUAGUUAUUAUUAGUAAAUAUUAUAACUACAGUUAUUAGUGGCUUAAAGGACCACUCUAGGCACCCAAAAAUUGUCUUAGAAAACCAUUUGUUUUUUUUACCAAGAUCUGACAGCCAUUGUGGAAAGUCAUGUUUGUGAGAUUGGAUGCUUAACAAUGAGAAUCUUAAUUGUUUAAGUAUAUUUUUCAGUGGCUGUUGGGUGUAGCUUAAGAUGAUUUGGAUUUUUAUUAUUAUUUCUAAAAGUGAGUUAAGAAAGCACUCAGAUACAAUAUUGAAGGUAUUUAUAUUUUAACUCUACCUUUGUAUAGGUGGUUUUAUGUACCUUUAACCAUUACAAACCAAAUAACAUUUUCUUUGUAUUUGAAAAACUGAUAAAAUAUUUGAUUACGUGUAUUUUAAUAUAUAUACAUACAUAGAGUGGUAUGGAUGUUGAAUUUAUAUUUUUGACAUCUUUUCACCAGUUUGCAAUAGGUGACCUAAAUGAUCAAUUUCCAAAAUCAUCAUGUGUAUCACCUGGACGGGUUAAUCCAUAAUACUCUUUUACUUUCCAUUGACUGGCCUUGGCUCUGGCAGACUGAAUAUUUUUAUCAUUAUAAAUAAACUUUAUGAUAGUUGAAGUAAAGUUUCUGCCUGUCUUUCAGUUAAAUUUUAACUGUUGAAGUAUUUCACUUAUAUUAAUUAUACCACUCUGCAAACUUAAACGAAUAUCGAGUAGUUUCUGAUUUAAUAAAAACAUUUCACAUUUUCUUUUAAGGUUAAAACAUUCAUUAUUGCAGUUGUUAUUGCAAUCAUAUGAUCUUUAACUAUCAUGAUUCAAUUAUUCAUCUUGGUAAUUAGCUGUUAUGCUCUUAUACGUAUGUUUAAUAUAUUUGUUUGUAGGCCAGACUGCAGCUGCAUAUGGCAUUUUAGCAAUAAUCUUCAAUUGCGUUCCAGAUAUUCACAAAGUCUAUCCACCUUUGUAAUUAACACAUUAUGUGUUUCUUAUACCAUUAAUUAUAGUAUCUGUAUUAUAUUACACAUUGUCACUGACACAUUUCUGAUACAGGGAAAAAAUAGCAUGAUUGCUUUAGUAAUUAUAAUUUUCGGUCCAUGCACCACAUUCCUGGAAGUCCAGAAUAUAGCAAGAAUCCUUUGUCGUUUGAUUCUAUGGAGCCAUUUAACGUUUUGAUUGGUAUAGUUAUACCAAAAGAGCAAGGAGUACAUUGGUAGAUCACAUCUGCAACAGAACCAUUACAGAUUCCUUGUUGUAUCAAUGUCUCUGUGUUUAUGUUUACAGGAGGUCCUUGCUUUGUAGGCAUGUACAUAAUAUGUAGAGUUUAAGAAAAGCUGCAAAUCGUGCUUUAGUACAAGUGUCCCAUGAUGUCAGGUUUCUGAAAGAUUUUGCUGGCCUUUUAUAUUCCAUUCUCUUGGCAGGGCAUCUGCUCUUAGUAGGCCGGUCUUGUUAUUAUUUAUUAAUUGCAUCAAGGUUUCUUUCGUUAAUUGAUGUUUCUACCAAAUUCAAAUUCAUAUGCCACCAAAUGUCAUUGUAAAGUUCAUUGUUACAGAAUAUUGUUCCAGGAUGGUUUUUCUCUCCAGUAGGAAAUCUAUAUUCCUCUUCUUCUCCUUCCUAUUAACCCCUUUUUCUGAGUUGUAGGUAACAAUCUGUGUCUUGUACUGUGAGGUGCUUUGAUAGUCAAUCUGGUUUUCUCAGUACCAUGUUCCAUCUUGAAAAACAGCUGGGUGUUGACAGUUAUCAGCCUUUAUUUAUUUUUCCGGUCAUCUUCUGUCUGGAUAAUAGCAAUGUCCAGAAUUAACAUAGCACUUCUUUUCAGCAUAAGAAGGCUGUUUGCGGUAGUCAUUCAAUGAUAAACUAUAUGGCAAAGUCUUUUCUUGCAUCACCUUCAUAGGUGCAUCCAAAGUCUUUCACAAGCAUCUGUCCCGUCUUUUUCUGUUUCCAGCAUGCUUUGCCAAUCACAUCUUUCUCAUGUAUAAUCAGUUUUUGGAAUGAUCUCAAUAGGUUCCUUGUGAAAUACCAGUGUAGGUCACAUUAGCAAUCAUUUCACUGUGAGCUGUGUCUCUCCUUUUGAGAUUGUUCUUGGAGGUAGUCCUCACGAUCACAGAACUUGUAUAGUGUGCAGUCCAAUUCAGUUCAGGUGCUUCCUGCUUGUUAACAUAAUCCCAAUGCAGCUUUAAAACGACAGCUAGGGUUGAUGUUAUGAUAAUGCUGCAGAUUGUAAGAAGGAGACUCCAAUUUUCUAGCAUCCUUUUGCUUCCAUCUUUGCAUUUCUUUCUUACCGUAUAAGAUAAUUCAGGUACAGUCUGUUUUCUCCAGAGUCUUUCUUAUAAUGAUGUUGAUGAUUCAUUUUUCAUACAUUCCAUGUUAACUGUGAAUGUAUCACGUCUGUCUGUUCAUCCUUCUCCUUCACAUUUGCAGGUUCAGAUGUCAGCUCAUGAUUUAGUCUGUUACGUGGCUAUGAUUCUGGUGCCUUUUCUGUCGUCCUCUGUUUGUUUUAUCUUGUCAUCUUUAACAGCAUCCAUUGUGUCAGUCAGUGGUUCUGUGAACGUCCUGUUAGUAUUUAGCAGGUUGUAAAAUAUCAAACUUACUGUUCUCUGUUGGCUCUGAUUGUUCUCUGUAGUAAAAGUUCUCGGAGUCACCCUCUCCAGGACAAACUGGCCAACAGUAGGAAAAAGUCGGUGGUGCAAGGCGUGGUGGGCUGGAAAAAAAAAUUCCCUAAAUUUCUCUAAUAGAACCAAUGGUUCUAAGCUCUCCCUGGUGCAGAAAUAUAAUUGUCAGUGAAAAAACAUGUAACAUUUCAUAUGGUGUCUCACCAUUUGUAUCAUCGGGUAUGUUGUGAAUGCUUAUCUGUACCAUAGGAAUAAAUAGAUACCACUGUGUGGGGCAAGCAGCUAGUAACUUGGUUAAUAAUCAUUUAACCUCAGCAUUCUCCCAGACCACAACCCCACUUCUUUGGGGGUGGUUGGGGCACUGAAAUCCCAAAGUAACCCAAAUGUGGUUGCCCAGUUUUAGGUUUCCUUUGCAGUAACUGCAGGACCACCAUCCAAAUGGAUGGUCCUGGGAUUAUUAAAUGCAUACUAAGGAAGUGAGACUAGAAAACGUGGUAUCAGAGGUUGCACUUCGCACAGGAUAUAUCCAAGUAAACCUGGUACAUGCAUCAACACAUACAAAAACAUAUUUAUAACCAUGAGAUGUUGGCAAACUUCCAAUAUAUAGUAAUUCAAAAAGUAUGUUAGAUAUUAAUAUUUCAAUAAACAGUACAUCAGUAAUGUGGCAAUAAGCAACCGCUUAUGAUUACUAAACACAUGAGUUACAGUAUUUCCCAUAUUGGACCACCAAUAUUCCUUUUCAGGAGUCAGAAGUACAUUACCUCUCUCUAUGAGAGCUUGUCCUAGCCAUAAAAAAGCUUUUAGGGCAAGUCUAUCUUUCCUCUAUAGGAAGAACAACCAACAUAUUACCUUCAAUGGUUAUUAUGUAAUUAACCCCUCUAAACGAUAGGAGUAUUUAUGCGGAUACCAGGUGGAUAAGGUCUGGAUAUCCUUGCAAGCAUAAACUCUGCAUCAUGACUGAGAGAUAGGGUAUGCAAUGUGAUCCAAUGACCACAGAAAAGCGUUGGUAGACACAUUGCAUCAAAGUGCCUGUUAACGACAUGAGGAGAGGGCCCAUGCUUUGUUAUAAGCAUGUCCAUACACGUGUUACAAUGCCAGGCUUUCAAUUUGUUUCCACAAAGCAAAAUGCAGUUGUGGAUAUAAACUCAUGACGUAUCGUAAGCAAAACUGUUUGAACACCAGACUGAGACUUGAGAUCAGUGAACAGUGGACCAAAAUAGAUAAAUGAAAUCCUAUCAAUUAAUAUACUUUCAAUAUACUUUAUUCUCCGUAUUAACUAUGAAAUAUUAAAGUUAAAACAAUAACAUUUAAAAGCCAACUUUUAGUGUGGAUAGAAAUUACAAGGCCGUUCAUAAUGUGAGAUAAAGAACAGCUUUUUUUUUAAAUCCGACUAGUCUGUGAACACAAGAUGACCUUGUGCUGAAAACUCACUUGCAGGGGAAAACCAAAACCUUAUUUUUUUCUUUUUUCUUUAGUAAGUUAAUUAAUUAAACGUAGUUAGAACCUCCCUCAAAGUCCCGAUUACUUUGCAGGAACAUUUCGUCCUUAAAUACUGGGUAAGUCUAUUAAACAGUGACAUAGCAUUGUUAUCCUGUAUAUCAUGUUGUCACAGCUAUAAUGUGCAGUAUUACAAACUAUUCAUAAGUGUUGUGCCAACUGUUCAUUAAAAGCCAGUGGUCUAGCAAGCUAUAGAACACUUAUUUAUUUAUUCUUUAAAUCUCUGACCUCAAUCAGCAAAGCAAUAUUGUAAUGGUGUCCAUUGCAAUCUGCUGUCUAUACUUGCUGCUCUUAAAAAUUCUGAAUAUGUUCAGAGAUUUCUUGGGCAAUAAUAAAUCCCCAAAAAACAACAACUUUGCAUUUAUGCUAAACCUGCCUGUUGUAAACGUAUUCUGUAUAUUUCUUGACAUAAGUACUUGUACUUAACUCUGUUUAAUAAAGCUGUUUAUAUUGUGGUGUAAAAUAAAUAUAUAUUUUUUAUUAUUUAUUUUAACAUUGCUUAAAUUUUAAAGAUAUCUGCAUAUUUAAUUAAAUAUCCUUUAUAUGUCUUUAAGGCAUAAAAUAUCUGCAAAUUAAGAUUAUAUACAAAAAUGCAUGUUCUGGGUGUUCCUGUGAUUCCUUUUCUAUCAUUUAUUUAAGUCUGGAAUCUGAUUCCUUUUGGGAUGAGCACCCCUCUGAGCCCCCCAGUUUCAGAGGCUUCUUUGGAGGUGACCACUGAAAAGUAUAGAUUCUACAAAAUAGAUGUGAGGGGGCUUUGGACAGUAAUGUCACUUUAAUUAUACUUUUCAUAUAGCAGAUAUGUGAUAUGCAAUGUGAUUUAAUAUAUCAGAGUAUUAUCACUUUAAUUGACACUGCAUUUUUUUAUGCAUUAUUAUUCUUUUUUUUUUCUUAAAUUUUAAUGUCUGUUUAGAAUAUUGCAGGCUUUGCAAUAUCAAAUUAAUUUUGCAUUAUAUAUAUAUUCACAGUGCUCUUACAACAUAUUAUUAAAAUUAGCCUUUUUCAGAAUUGUAGAAUAUGUGGUGGAACUGAAUCCUCAUAUAUGAGAUUUAAAACAAUUUUUAUUUCUACGCUGUUCCCUAAUCUGUAUUUAUAUACAUAACUGCGGCAGCAUAUAGCUUUUAAAGAAGCAAUUAUUUCACCCUUCAUGUGUGGUUGACUGUGGACUUUUUAAAACCUAUUUUUUUUUUAUAAAUCCAGUUCUGGCUCUGAGAGAGCAGGCUGCUGAAUGCAUGUAAAUGCUCUUAUUGCUUAGUCUACAUACUUUUAUUUAUAAACAACAUUGAUAUAUUGAUAUAUAAACAACUUUGAUAUUUAAUCUUAUUUUAUGAAAACCUAGUUUAUGAAAUUCACUGAGAUUACAUGUGUCUGAUCUGAUUACAGUCAGUAGUACAAUAUAAUUGUUCUAAUUUCCUUACAGCUAGUACGGUGGGAUAGUACCAAUGAUUUAAGUAAGAUUUCCCUUUUAAAAUUGGUACACUUUACUGCCAUUGCAAUAGACUAAAGACUGUACCUGAGUAAGCAAAAUCAUUAUGUGCAGGAAUUGUGCACUUUAAAUAGUAGAAUACUUAUGCUAUUCUAGUGAAUUGUGCAGGCUGCUUAACACAUCAUUUAAUAUCUUUUGGUCACAUUUAAAGCUGUAAAUGUAUUUAACAUUUUAUUUAAAUAAGCCUUUAAUAAUUUCAGUUUAAAAGUUAUUAGAGAUCCUGUAUAGUUACAAUUUUAUUUUGCCCUGAUUUAUCUUACAUAUAUAUUAUUUUUAAUCAUUUUAUCAAUAUUUAUUUUCGCAGAGCAUUUAGAGAAGCAAAGGAUGUAUAACCACCUGUUGCCCUUUUUUAUAGGAGGGUAGUAUAAUUUCAACUCUGUUUAGGAAAAAAUAUGAGCUAGUUAGCAUAUGUUAUAUAAAAUAUAUACUGCAUUGAAUGUAUUUAACCCCUUAAGGACACAACUUCUGGAAUAAAAGGGAAUCAUGACGGAAUAUUUCCGUCAUGUGUCCUUAAGGGGUUAAAAGCCAUGUAUUUUUCUUUAUGGCUGUAUGUAAUAAUGUUGUUCAUAUUUUAGAAUUUAAAACAACGACUUCUCAAUUCCUUGGAAUGUUUACAUGUCUCUAUCUCCGCAACCUUGGCUGGAAAUUCCAGACUCCAAAAAUAGUUAUGCUGUUAUAAUUCCUGAUUUUCAAUCAACAGCUAGCCUAACUAACAAUAUGGAAAAUAUCACUGUUUUAUAAAACUUUUCUUAUAUAGUGGACAUUAGAAUCCAGAACGCAGUAAUGCAAUAAUUAAAAAUCCUGUCUGUCUGUUGCAUGAAUGUUUUCAUUAAGCCAUAAUGCAAUUUUCUUUGCAUUCUUGGAAUUAGACUUCAAAUUUCAUCGCUCUGUCUUAUCACUUUUCUUUUGACAACAUUUUGCAUUAAUCUUUUUCCUGCGCAUGCAUACUAAGCAGCUACAAAGAGAACAUAUCCCCCUGUCUACAAUCCACUGUCCUGGAACUAACGGGCCAUGCUAUGCUGGUGUAUUAGGCAUUUGUUCUAUUAUGAUAUUAGUUAUCUUUCUCUGAGUCUGGGCUACAAGUCCCUUCGUGGUCGCCAAUUGUAACCGCUGGUGUAUUAGGCAUAUCAGGGAGUUUACCAAAUAUGUAUAUUUGUUCUAUUAUGAUAUUAGUUAAGAUCCACAAUUUCAGCAUUGUAUGCUAAUUACGUUGUACCUGGCACCUGAACUCAAAGUGCCUUGUUCACAUUAAAAUCAUCUCUAAUGAUGAUCUCUCUCUGAGUCUGGGCUACAAAUAGGUCAUUAGAUUCUUGAUAUUUCAAGACUAGUGCCAUGACAAAGUAUUGUGUCUUCUCUUACGUAUAAGAGGUUACCUAGGUAUUUAUUAUAUAUUUAAAGCUUCCAAGUACAAAGUCCCUUCGUGGUCGCCAAUUGUAACCGUGUGUGGUUCCCUUAUUUACCACUAUAAUGUCUUAAAGCAUAGAACUUAGUAGGGCUAACCAUACAGAUAUCUUAGCCAUAAUUUUAUAUAGUGUAAGAGAUCCUCUAUUUAACAUAUAUAAAUAAUUGAGAAUACAAUAUAAAAUAAGGAUUGUCUUGGAAGCAAGAUUGUCUUUUGGAUAUUUAUUAUAUAAAAAUAUAAAAUCCAUUAUAGCAGAGUUUAUAAGAUUAAAUUACAUGCUUGCAAAUAUCAUUAAUAGGUUAACAUACCGUUCUGAACAUGUCAUCAUGUCAGCCUUUCUGUCAUUUUAAGAUGGAGCAGCGUCUGUCUCCAAGUCUCUCCUCUGUGUCUUAAAGGACCACUAUACUGCCAGGAAAACAUACUCGUUUUCCUGACACUAUAGUGCCCUGAGGGUGCCCCCACCCUCAGGGACCCCCUCCCGCCCGGCUCUGGAAGGAGGAAAGGGUUAAAAACUUACCUUUUUCCAGCGCUGGGCGGGGAGCUCUCUGCUUCCUCUCCUCCUCCGUUCCUCCUCCUGGGCUGAAUGCGCACGCGCGGCAAGAGCUGCGCGCGCAUUCAGCCGUCGCAUAGGAAAGCAUUUACAAUGCUUUCCUAUGGACGCUGGCGUGCUCUCACUGUGAAAAUCACAGUGAGAAGCACGCAAGCGCCUCUAGUGGCUGUCAAUGAGACAGCCACUAGAGGAAAUAGGGGAAGGCUUAACCCAUUCAUAAACAUAGCAGUUUCUCUGAAACUGCUAUGUUUAUAAAAAAAAUGGGUUAACCCUAGAAGGACCUGGCACCCAGACCACUUCAUUAAGCUGAAGUGGUCUGGGUGCCUAGAGUGGUCCUUUAACAUUUAAAAAUACACCUAUUUAUACCUUAGGUGUCGUCAUUUUAGGUUACUGUAGUUCAAAUAUGAAAAAGUAACACUUCUUUUACUUUAUUCAAUUUAGGACCUCCCUUAACUUGGCAAACAUACAAGGCCAUAACUAAAGGGUGUAUACGUCAUGGAAAUUUUCCUGACUUAGUUCAAGAUGGCAUCUUAAAGUCUGAAUAGGUUAUCUGUUGUUUAUACUAAGUCGUAAGUGUACAGUCGUGGGAGAUUCCCGGAUUUGGGGAAGUUCCAUUAACUUGGGGUUACCACAGUAUAUUGUGUACUGCAAGAGUCGUAGCAUAGCCUUGAAGCUUGUUUAUGCAUUAUUGUUAUUGUAAUUCGUCUGGGACAAAAUGGCGCAAACAUAUUAUGCACUGAGGUUAUUGCUUAAAGAAACAUCUAUGAGAAACAAUAUGUUCCAUUUCUUACACCUUGUCAGUUUGCAAUAUCUCUUAAAGACAAAGUACACAGUUUAAGAAAUACAACAUUUCAUUCUAAAACUUGUAAUAUUUGCAUUUGCCCGUAACAAUAGGGCUAGGGACUAAUGAAAGUAUUUAGAAAAUUGGGCAGACUAGAUGGGCCGAAUGGUUCUUAUCUGCCGUCACAUUCUAUGUUUCUAUGAGAUAGGUGGAAGUCAUAUUUUGACCUAGGAGGAACAAAGCAGCCAGUUCCAACUGGUUUGGCAGUGUCCCUGGACAACGCCCUGCUGGAGAACAAUGGGACAGGGGGAGAGGAAGAGGCACACCUUCCCAUGGAUUCAAAGGGGCAGAAAAAGUGUCCCAGAAGUUACAACAUGUCCAUACACUGUUUUUAAAGCGCCAGCACUAGUCCAAAUAAAAGUCCAUAAGACCAAGUAAUGGUUUUAAAGGGCCAUACACCCCAGGGCCAUAGUUAUGUGGCAAGAGGCUGACAAGCAGGCUUCUCCAUAAGCCAGGGGAGCAGAGCAGUUUGGCACAAAGAAAGCCAGUGGCAAAUAGCAGCUUGUCACAUAGAUAUAGAUAGAAAAAGAUAGACAUAGAAAAAGAGAUAGAGAGACAGAUAGAUAUAGAGAGAGAGAGAUGAUGGAGUGUGUUUAACAAUAUUUAUUAACAGUGUGUGUUUGUAUUCAAACACUAUUUAUAGAGAUCUCUCUAUAUACAGUGUUUGCAUACUUACUUUGGGUUAGGAGGGUUGCCGUAGGAGGGGGAUGGGCAUAGACAGCGAGCGGAGCAGUGAGCUCAGCUUGCAAAUGCUCAUACUGCGCACAUGUGCGGUGGAGUACUCAGUUUUUUCAUAGAGCGGCAUUCAAUGCCGCUCUAUGAAGAACCUGAUUGGUGCAGCGCGAAGCCGCGCAUGCGCACUUGAGUGCUAUGAUGCUUAUAAAAGAGAAGCGUCCUAUUGGGCCCUGCAAUUUCGUCCUUUUGACUAAAAAGGGGGCGUGGCCUGGCGGGAAACUCGGUGCUGGAACGGAGGUAAGUUUUAAUAAUAAAAAGGGCUCCUUUUUUUUGUUUUUUUUAGGGGCAAGUUCAUAUAAAAGCAAGAAAGAAGGCUGGGGGACCUGUCUUUCUUGUGUUUAUAUGUUCCCUAUUGUGAUCCUUAACUUUGGCCAGUGUUUGUGACCACGUGGCUACUAAAAAAGACUGGACAUACCCCAUUUGUAAUACAUUGGGUUGUCUACUAUUGCAAAUGGUAUGCCAUCCGGGCUACCAUAUGCUCUCAAAGGCAAUGUAACCAAUCUGGCGAAUUUCAAUGUGAAAAGACUGAAAAUGUAACCUGCUAUAUUUGACCCUGUAACUUCCCCAAACACCUGUACAUAGGGGGUACUGUUUUACAUGUGAGACAUCGCUGAAUACAGUUAGAAUGUCACGUAGAACUAAAAAAAUUUGUCUUAUUUUCUCCCAGUUUUUCAUAUUUUAUUCAUACUAAAUUAUGUUUCAUACCUAAAUAUUAUAUGUUAAAUGAAAGCUCUGUUUCCCCUGAACAAAAUGAUAUAUAAUAAGGGUGGGUGCACAUAAUAUGAAAGAGAUGAAUUACGCCUGAACAGACACAUAGCGCAAAUUCAAGGUUUUGUUUUGAUCACAACUUGUACAACUGCUUCAAUCCUUAAGGGGUUAAUGGGUCUGGUUUGUUUAUUCACGUAUAACCAGCUGUACUCUGAAUAUUAAGGUUGCAGAGACCAGUCCUGUUAGCUCAAGAUGUUACACGUCAGUUUUCAGGGUUUAUUACAUCGACUGUGAGCUCCAAGAUAAUGAAAGCUCAUGAUAUAACUUCCUCACCCAUUGCCCUUACACCAGAAUUACCCUGCAUUAAACUGUAUUUCAUUAUCUUCUUUUCUGCAGAAACCAGGCUCCCUUUACUGAUGCUGACAGGGAUCUCUCAUCCGACUCCAGCAAUAGACCAGAGGACAGAUCUAUGCCAGCGGAGAGCUCACCCAGUACCUCACAUGGACCCGAAACAAUGAGACAUAUUCUCUAAUCGCUCAAUGUCGUCUUCAUAUUCGCCAUCUAAAUAUCCUUUAACACUCCUCAUCCCCAACAUAAACAGUAAGCAGGGGAGCCUGGAUCCCAGCCUUGCGGAAUGGCAUUUACUGACCUCUGUCAUUGGUAAAAUUAAACCGAGAUAAUACAACCCAGUAAUGUAUUAACUUGUGAGGCAAGC